GGGAGACAGGGAGAGCAGGAGCAGCCAAAUCAAGCAGGGAGGGAGUAAGAGCACAGACAUAUCUAGGGUUAGCCUGGUUUUAAUUUACAAGUUAAGUGCAAGAACAGAGGAGAGUUCAGAGGCUGAUGAGGGUAUAAGUAGUGAGGAAGGUCCUCAGUCAUAGGGGUCUCUGUGUCUCUGAUUGUGCAUCCAGGCAGUGUUGACUGAAGAUGAGGGUCUUUUCGUGGCUCCUUUGCAUGUCCUUCUUCAUCUGGGUAGAGCACUCGCACAGGUGCAUAUGCCAGGAUAUUUGUGCACCAGUUCCAGGAUUGGACAAGAGGUCAAAGAGUCGGGUCAAGGAGCAUGUGCGUCAAGGAGCUGGACAGCAGCACACGCCUCACAGGAGGGGGCCGCACCGCAGGAAAGGUGAGCCCAGUACUCACUAAAGAUUGAACUCUGACCUGCUGCAAGAGCCGCAGAUGUUUGGGCAUGCAAUGUCAACAUAUUUAUGAGUUUUAAGGAAGGUAACCCUGCAGGAAAUGACAGGCUUUCACCAAAAAGGUGAAGUUAAACAUAGUAAACGGAGGGAUUCAGAUUCUAAGAAGUUAUUUUAUAAUGUGAAAUACAUCAUUGAAAAUACAAUGACAGGAAAAACAGUAGUAUUAAAUUCUCUUUGAUUGUGAUACACAAACUAAUGCUCUAAAUGUAAAAUAAAUCUGUAAAACUAGUUCUCUAAAAUCCCUUUUCUGCUCAAAUGCUUUAUUUAUUUAUUUAUUUAUUUUCUGUUGCCUCUGACUUUUUUUUCAGAAUUCUGAUUUCUUUUUUUCUCAGAAGUUUGAAUUUAAUUGAAGAAUACAACUUUGAUCUCAGGAUUCACUCUUUAUCUUAGAAUUCUGAUCUUGAGUGAGAAAUCUGAUCAUAAUCUAAAAAUUUUGACUUUAAUUUAAAACAUAGACUUGUAUUAGGAACUUUGUAUUCAAUGUCAGAACUCUAACUUAAGUUAAGAAAUCUGACAUUUCAUUAGUAUAAAAUAAUAUUUAAGAGCAAUCCUUCGGUAGAAAUAAUACUUUUAAAAGGUACAGCGUGGAAAAUGUGGAUGGUCAGCUAUGGUCUAGGGGUCAGAUUUUACAUUCACUCCCUUGCUCAACCCCUCCUCCUGUAAUGAAAUUCCAGAAAAGCUGUGUCCCAAUUUAGGGGCUUCACCCUACGAAAGCUGCAUUUGAAGACCAAUGAGUUAAAGCGGCAUAUUGAAGGCUGUGAAAUGAGGUUAUGAACUCUCAAACCGCAGAGUAAAUGACGGUAUUUGGUUUUAACUCGAAAGCAAAGGUUAUGAUGUUUAAAUUGUGUCUUGCCAGCUAUGUUCACUCGCUGGCCCUGCUGCCUCCUGCUGUUCACUGACAAGAGCUGUGCUGUGGGAUGCCAACGCUGGGCAGGAAAUAUGCAAUCCUAUAAUGGUAGACCAUUUUAACUUCGUUUGGACUUAUUGGACUACAUGGGCCAUGAAGGCUGGGUUCUUUGCAGGCUGCAGUCCUUGGGUUAGAACCAAGCAUCAACCUCUUGAGUCUCGAGAAAUGAAACUCAUGCAGAAUUGCUGAAAACUGUAGUUCUCAGAGUGUCCACUUGAGGAAAACCACAUACGCACCCCCCCCCCCCACCCCCCCCCACCCACACACACACACCCACACACACACCAAAAAAUAAAUAAAUAAAUCUUAUUUUUAGAGCAAAAAUUAAACUGCUUGAGGCUCCCCCCCCACACACACACACACACACGCACACACACACACACACAUACACACACACCAAAAAAAAAAAAAUAAAUCUUAUUUUUAGAGCAAAAAUUAAACUGCUUGAGGCUCCAACAGCACCAACUAUAUGAGGAGGGAAUCUUUAUGUGUGUUAUGUAUCUUUAUGUGUCGUUUAUGGUUUGAGGUUGAAAAGAAUUUAGGAUGUGUCAGCAGUACCAAUAUAGCAAGAGCUGCCAGUAAGGUUUGAAAUCUCCACUUCAGAAACGUGAAUGUAUUGAUGUCACAGGUGCUAUAUCUAUUUAUGAUACAGUCUAUGGUUAGGACAGUUAGAGAAAUGUAUUCAGUAAAAAAAGAAUAAUAUGUUCUGAGGACGCCAGCCCAUCAGUUGCCACAUAAACUGAAUAGAGUUCACAAAGGAAAAGGCAUAAAAUGCAAAGUGCAAUCUGUUUCAUAGCUGAACUAAAACAGAUUCUCUGCAUGGGGCCCCGCAUGAAGGAUGAGACUUAGGUGGGAAGUUUGGGGUGAUGGGACUCUUAUUUACACUUCAUUGUUUUAAUGAGGUUCAUUUACCAAGAACAGAAUGCACAGAAACCAUUUUUGCUCAAAGCAACAUAAAGUGGGUCAUUCAUGUUGACACUGAAUGUUGAUCCUUCACAAAAAACACUUGAAUAACGCUCUGAAUCCACUCUAAAGUCACUCUUUAUCACAUCCCUCACUCUGGCUGACACAUUCCUUCUUUUUUCUUACUCCAUCCCGCCCUCCAUACCUCCCUCCAACACUUCCCUCGACCUUUGCUCCUCAGUCUGAAAGAGGUCCCUCUCCUCCACUCAUCCUAGUGCAGCAGCAUUCCCAUGGGUUGUUUAGCCGGCACUCAUCCCUCAUCCUCUCUAAAGCUUUUGUUGCAGCCUGAAAGCUGGCCGAUCCCGGGGCCAUCAAGCCCAAGUUGUUGGAUCAAUAUAAACAUCCAUCACUUAGCCCGGGCCUUUCUGAGCUGCACAAAGGACAGCUCACUAAACAAUGUGUUAUUUAUGUGAGCCAUUGGCGGGAAUGAACUGAAGCUUGUUCACUUAUUUGUGGGUCGAUCUCUUUGCACUAAUGGAAUUUGGAAGUAAAUCAGGAAGCUGGUCUUUAAAGGGGACCUGCCACCAAAAUUUCGUACCCAUUUUUAUCAUUUUUUCAUAAUCCUUGAUGUCCUCUGAUCAUGUUUGCAACAUAAUUUUAGCUGAAAAGUUAUUUGAUGGUUUGUUUUAGUAUGCCUAAAAAACCUUACAGGAAAACCAACUGGUUUUGGCUCAUUAACAUUUAUGGUAAUGAGCUUUGCUCUGAUUGGAUCGCUGCUGUGAAGCCUGCUGUGCCCUGAUUGGCUCAGCAGUGGAGGUUCGGAUUUCGGUUUAUCCAUUGUUAUUAUGCUAAUGCUAAUAGCAUAUGCUAAUGUGUGCUAAAGUAAGGUGCCCAGAUGUCUGUAAUGAUAUCCGGGGAUAUUCGAUGCGGCGGCGGCGGCGGUGCAGGGGCUGCGUGAUCACAGACAAAAUCUCAGUACUAUUUAGUAGCAGCGCAUGCCCCUUGUAAUAACCCCCGUAAGAACUGUUGUUCAGGACUGCUAACUUGUGCUUCCUACCUAUUCGGCUACUGUAAUAACCGUUGUUCGAGCCCACACGCAACAUUUUUGCUCUCAUUCAUGAAACGCUUAAAUCGGGGACAUUUUCGGGGACAGCUUUUGCCGGGGACAGGUCAUCCAAUACGGGGACUGUCUCCGGAAAUCGGGGACGUCUGGUCACCUUAUGCUAAAGGCUUAAAACGGCAGGUAUUAAACCAUAUAUUUUAGACCCCGAGUCCGAAGAGGAGGUGGAAGUUGAGGAAGAAGCCGGAGAUCUCAAGCGGUGUUUUCUCAUUCAUUCUGCCCAGCUUUAAGUUCAUUUUCCCGGCAGUAAACCGAAGGAAACACCGGUCGUUUGGAAGAGACCCAUAGCAGAUACAGUGAUAGCUGGGUCUCGCUCUGACUGUGACUGAGUACGAGAACGAGAGAGUGGGCACGGCUCACCGAGGACGCGCUCGUGAAUAAUAAUGAGCAAGGUCAGCGAAACGUAACACUGACCUGCUUUUUUAAUUGGCCUGGUUUACUCGUUCCUUUAUUUUAAACCUUUACAGAAUGCAAACGACGUAACGGUUUGUUUUCACAUUUACAACAUAUGACGAACAUAAUAUGGACCUUAUCUGACACAAAAAACCCCAAAAAUUACAUUUUUAUGGCAGGUCCCCUCCGAGUAACAUCAACAUACCUUUGCAUAAUGUUCUAUACUUCUGUAUUGCCAAUUUACAACUUAUGGAGUUGACCAGGUAGUGGUGGUCCUCAAACAAUUUAGGGGCUUUCUACUGCAGAAAUCAAUAAUGUGACAAUAAAGUACAAGCACUACCUUUUCUAUUAAAACAAAUAAGAGGAACCGCACCAAAGUCAACUGGCAUCAAGCCUGGACUUUUACCUGUUUAUGGUGCUUAACAAUGCUUCUACCUCUGUGCAAAGUCCGUGCAUGCCCCCAGCAUGCCCCCAUUUAUUAUCCUCAUUUAAUCAACAUCAUCACACUCCUCACUGUAGCUCUACUUAACUGUGCUUGUAAAUGUUCUGGAAGAUCCCAGGACCUCUUUCUGCUUCCUUUGUCUGUUCUCAUGUUUGUUGCUGGCAGAUACCAUAUGUAAAACAUCAUUGCAACACCACCUGCUGCAGCUCAGUGUUAUCACUACUAAAUGACUUUGACCUGCUGUAAAUCCAGAUGACCUACCAGUUUACAAAUAUUGAACAAAGUUGACCAUCUUUUUGACAUUUGGCUUUCUUUCUUUCCUCUUGUUGAGCUCAGUCAAACAGUAGAAUAGAACUUAAGUCUGAUAAUAGACAGUAACGGCCAACAGCUAAAACCCACAGGAUCCAGAACGGCAGGCAGAUCAAACAGGCAAGCAUUAGAUGUGUGUGAUUCCACACAAUCCAUCCGCUGUCCAGCUCCGCUGUGGAUCGGCUCCGGUGGCUGGAUCAGAUACACAAGGCUUCUAUUUUUGUUGGACGCCACAGCACGGCGCAUCAAUUCAGUGCAGCGCAGAAUGACCAGCAGCGGAAGUUGUAUGCGGCUACAGUGCAAAAUAUCUGGUUAAUUUUCAAAAAAAUUAAAGUCAAUACUUUGAACGGUUCUUCACUUGACAAUAACAGAGGCCAGGGUUGUGGGAUGUGGGUUUUUAUAUACACACCCUUUAUAUACUCUGAUUGGCAGAUUGCAUUCAAUGUCUCACGGGGAAACACGUGUGAGCUUGUCCAGUCUUGCAAGAAAUUUAGGUAAUAUCGCAAGCGCUUCUCCUCCGAUAGCGGAGGUGGGUCAAAUCCGGUGGGCACUGUACGAUUGCAUAUUUGAUUCACCUGCUGGUCUGAAACGGAGUAGAGUGGAAUCCAGUGGAAUCACCGGGUAAUUUUGACACUACAGGUGUCUUCAUGUGGCUGAUCGGGAAUCUGUCUUGUCCCCCUCUCUCUUCCUCCUAAAAUGGGAUUUAAAUAUGCACACAAAUAGGAAAAUAAGUGAUUUAAGCACUAAGUAAAGAAAAUGACAAAAGAGAUGAAAUAAAGCUCCAACGAGGACCUUUGUGUUGAUGUUUCCCUCCCUCUAGUAUAAACAUAUCGUAGGAUGCCAGGACACAGAUAAACCCUCCACAGGAGAAAAGGAAUGUAAGAAAAGAUUAAACUGUCGUGUCCAACAGACGAAAAGAACAGAGCUUUCAUGUUGUUUGUGUUUUGAUCAUUCGACAUACAAUUGGUUAGCCUCUUACUAACAGGUUUAGCAUCUGUUUUGGUACAUGAUAUAACAGGACUGCUUAGGGACAGCCCAACAGUAACUAGCUAAACGGGGACAUGUCACUAAGCAGAAGCAGAUAGUUUUGUCAACAAGCUGUUUUCUGCUUGGUGCUUGUAUUGGAACUAGGACAGUUACUGAACCACUUAAUCUCCUGUUUAUGCCAUGUUUUCUUGUCUGAUUACAUGUCUCAUUCUCAGCAGAACUUUAUGGAAUUUGAAGUACAAGUUCAGUUUUCUUUAUGGCAACAGCUACUUAAUCCUUUAGAUGGUGGCACAGUCAGUUUCACACACUUUUUAAUUUGAUGUGCAAUAAAUACUGCAUACUAAAUGCAUUGCAGUGCAACUGCCUUAUUAUUUAGCCAUCUGGUACUCAUUUCAACAAUUAAAACUGUUAAUUUUUUCAUUGUUCUCCAUGGUAAACAGAAUUAUGUAUUGAAUAUCAAAGAAGUAACAUUUUCAGAGCAAGGUCCUUUCAUCAAGUUUAAAAUACAGGGCAAGAAAUGACAAUUUAUCAAACACCUGAUGAGGGAACCUUGCUCCCCGGGCCAAUACAAUCUCCCUAUUUUUCACAAAACAAUGUUGGCAGGUUUUAGACUGUACUCAUUUCCACUGAGAACACCCCUGUCUUAUGUGAUGUGGUUUAAAAAUGAAAACUGAGUUAAGUCUUAUUUAUUUAGUAGUUUCAGAUUUUUGCCAUAAUUUGUAUUCAAGAGAAAAAUACACUCUAUGUAAAUCUCAUAUAAGCUAUUGAAAUCACUGGAGAGAAACCAACCCCUAAUAUAAACUGUUUAUUUACAGUUGAAACACUUGGUGGACUGAAAGCAUCAGAGAGAAAUGCAUAAUUUCCUUCUAUUGUCUAGAAACUCGGGGGACCGAAAUUCCUGCUUAGUGUUGAGAGAGUGGUGGCAACAAACUGCCAAAAACAAACAAGCAAAUUUAAAAACAGCAAAAAAUAGGACAAACUAUACAAUACAAUUCAAGAGCUUUAUUUUUCCCCAAUGGUAAGUUCAUUUGUCUGAAGUCUUAUGAACAAAUUUUCUCUGGUUGGACAGUUAACAAACAGUGUAAAUCCAGUUAGGUGAGAGGAGAGGGUGACAUGGUUGAAGUCUCUUGGUGACUUAUUACAAGUGCAUCAGGAUCCACACUGGAGUGUGAGUCGUUUUGAUUCAACCAGGUUUCAGUAAAACACAGGAGACUGCACUUACAGCAUGCUUUCUCAGUAUUCACCAAUAUCUCUAGAGCAAAAAUUGCAGGGUAUUCAGGGAGACCAGAUUUUGCUGCUCCUUGGUUGAGCGCAGGUUAAUGGCCUCUGCUCAGACAACAAAAAUAAUCAGAGGGGCAUCCAGAGGUGAGGACGUGGACCCCCUUUGAAAUAUGGUGCCACCACCCUAAUAUCCUGAACCUUUAUUGACUAAAUAUCAGUCUGUGUUGCAGUAGACUGUUGGAAGUUCUCUUGGCUUAUUGAAUUCAUUAAGCUGUUAAAAGCUUAACCCCACUUCCACAAAGUCAAACUGCUGUAUAUCCUGGCAUUUAAAAUAGAGUUUGAUGAUUUUAAGAUCAUUCUAACCCUCUAUAAAAACAGUUAAAAGACAACAUAUCAGAUGUAAGAACUAAGCGUCCUAAAAACAUUCACCUUGAACAUCUUACGGAUUGAGAGACUCUAGAGAAAUUGUCAAACAAAAGAGAUAAGACUGAAAAAAAUCAACACCAGAUGACCCUGAUCUCCGAGCCUCCACCAGACAUUUCAUUAAAACAGAUGUGACUCUAAAUGACACAACUUCUUAUUUGGGAUCAAGGUCCUGUGGUCUGAUGAAUUGUAAUAGACAUUCUUUUUGGACAUCAUGGGCACUGUAUCCUUCCCCCUAAAAAGGAGAGGGACCAGCAAGCUUAUUACAAGCACACAGUUCAAAAGCCAACAUUAUGGGCUCUAUUUUGGUGCCUCGCCGGAGACGUGCCGCAAGCGCAGCGUCAAUCAGAUCCGCCGCGCUGACAAGGCGUUCCCAAGCACAUUUUGGUAUUUUGGUGAGCCGCGCAGCCCGGCGUAAGUAUCCCCCCUCCCUAACUCAGCUCCUCCCAGCACCAUAAGUCGUAGACGGGGAGGAGAGAGGCCGUAUAGUGGGUUUAACACAGCCGAGACCUGUUUUCACCAAUCACAUAAGCUCCUCUCCUUGCCUUUAAAUCCGCCACCGGCGAGGCGUAUUACUAUUUUCAUGAAGUAGUCAAAGAGAUCAAAAGAUGUCUGAAGACAGUUAUGCCACACGAUGGCGACAGAGGGCAGCCGCUCAACAAGUGUCCUCCACACUCUCUCAUCUGAGCACAGAUGGAUUUGCUGUGCGUAAUGCUGGACCCACUGGUAAGACAAACACCCUUUUCCACAAAUAAAGACACUCACAUAAAGUUGCAUAUAUUCAAACCUCACGUGACAAAGGUGGGUUGAGCGCACAGAUCACAACAUAAACUCCAAAAAUGGCAUUAAAAUCGGAACCAUCUGUGCGUAAAUGACGCAUCGCGCUCCGUGGCCUGGCUCUUUCUUUCAUAGAUGUUGGCAUAUAAAAUAAAUUUGGCCCACAAAACUGAAUAUUAUAAUAUCCGUAUGUCGGCUUAAAGUAGAUAACGCAUCUGAGCACUGAAACAAAUCAUCUGUUCAGCCGCAGCAGCAGCAGGAAGACGGACAGAGGACACGAAGAUGGGUCCAGGUCGAGCUGUGCGAGAAAUAAGAGGAAGAAAGAAAAGGAGGGAGACACAUUACAUAUCUUGUUAACUUCAUCAUGUGUGUUUAUUUACUAGAUAUUUAAUUUAAUUUGAUGCAGUUUCAGCUGUAUUGAUUCGGUCAGGUUGUGUGCCCAAACGCGUGCCAAACGCGCUCAUCAGAUCAGAUAUAGAUCAGAAUAUAUCGAUAUAGAUCUAAAUGUAUGUGCUGACUCAGAUUAAUAGUUGAUGAUGAUUAUUUAUUGCACUGAAAUCUGCCUGACACUGUGGAAACCUGCCGGUGAGGCAUCGGUGACGUAUGGCGGAACGCAGCCGGUCUACCAAAAUACUACUAGACCAGCUGCGUUCCGCCUUGUGCUGAAAGCUGACCAGGUUUGAAUCGGCGAGCUUUCAUCGCACGUUACACGCCAGUGGCGAGCAUGAAAAUGUCACUGCGCCAGCUGAUUCUGUCAACACCUCCCCCUGCCAUGCCACCACGCCCAGCUUGGCGGAUCUCGGCUCGCCUCCGUGCGACUCAGUCCACGAAAAUACCAAACUUGCCUUACACCGGGCUCCGCCAGACGAAAAUACAACUGCGCGGGGCUCGCCGCCCUCCGCCGCCUCACCGGCGCGAACGAAAAUAGAGCCCAAAGUAUCAGUGUCCAUGUCAUGGGUUGCUCCCACAUUUGUGAAGGCUCCAUUAAUGCUGAACUAUACCCACAAGUUUAAGAGCAACAUCUGCUGCCAUCCAGACAAUGACUUUUUCAGGGAAGACCUUCAUAUUUCAGCAAGACAAUAACAAACCACAUUCUGACAACAGGGAUUACAACAGCACGGCUCUGAAGUAGAAGAGUACCUGACCCUGCUGAUAAACUGGCCUGCCUGCAGUCCAGACUUGUCACUCAUUGAUAAUAUUUGACAUUUCAUGAAAAGAAAAAUACCACAGCAGAGACCCUGAACUAUUUGAGAAUAAAAUCUAUGGCAGGAAAGUACUGGUCAACAUUAUACUUUCAAAACUUAAGACUCCAAAGUUUGCAGAAGGUUGUCAAAAGGUGAUGCAACACAAUGGUAAUCAUCCCUAACUUUUAGGAAAUGUUUUGCUUUCAUCAAAUUGAAAAUGUGAAUUUUUUUUAGUGAAACAAAACACAAAAAAUAAUUUCUACUAUUGGUGUGUUGUAUUUGCAACCUUUUUGAUUAAAUGGGUUUAAAAUCAUUUGCAACACGUAACUAUUUUUUUUUUUUUUUUUUUGAAAAUUUCUACACAACUUGACCAUCUUGAGAAUUAGAGUUACAGAUUUGUUUUAAAUGUAACACUGAAUAUGAAGCCUGCAUAAAUCAUAGCCGCACUUCUUGUGCCUCCCUAUCCAAAAGACUGGACAUACUUCUGGCAUAAAAUGUUCUAUAGUAAGUAAUUUGUUUUUAGUUGGAUUUUGACAAGCUCAAUCUAUUUUUUUUUCACAAAAAAUCAAUUAAAUAAAUAAGAAAAAAUGUAGUUGUCUCCUAUGACAGAGUACUAGGGCCACAUCAAGAAGAAAAAAAAUAAUACUUUGUGAUUACUUACGAGAAUAAAGUCGUGGGAAAAUCAUUACUUAUGAGAAUAAAGUCGUAGUUAAAUCAUUACUUGCGAGAAUAAAGUCGUAAUAAAAUCAUUAUUUACGAGAAUAAAGUUGUUUAGUUACGACUGAGUGUAAGGGCCACAUUAAGAUUAAAAAAAAUGUAAGACUUCAUAAUUAUUUAUAAGAAUAAAGUCGUAACAAAGUAAUUACUUACAUAGGACGGAGCAUUAGGGCCACAUUAAAAAAAGGAAAAAUUUUAGACCACGCAAUUACUUAUGAGAGUAAAGUCGUAGUAAAAUAAAUAUGUACGAGAAUAAAGUCGUAAUAAAAUAAUUUCUUACAAGAAUAAAGUUGUAACAAAUUAAUUACUUAUGAGAAAAAAAAUCGUAAUUGAAUCAUUUCUUAUGAGAAUAAAGUCGUAAUGAAAUCAUUACUUGUGAGAAUAAAGUCAUAGCUAAUAGCUAUUCUAACCUGUUGUUAAUUGUUUGAAAUGAGCGCUGUGGAGCAUUUAGAUAAAUGGAACUUCAGUUGCUUGGUUUCACAAACAAGGAGACAAAUCCUGUGGUGUUUCAGCAUCACAUUGUAAUAAGUAUCAGGACAUAUGCAAGAAAUGCAUUUUUUCACAGAAAGAACCAGAUGGACUUGUAGGUAAUGCUCUUUUUGAGGAGGGGGAAAUGGCUGGAAAUGGCUGUGCAGAGGGUAAAUCCCUCAAUGCAGCCAUUUAUAGCAAUAGUAGCAUAUGGCUUUAGUUUAUCAUAUGAAUCUAUAUGCCAUAAGGUGCUGGUGCCUCUGCACGUGUAGAUUUCUGCCAGUAUUGUGCCGACAUCAAAGACAGAUGUGGUGCUCGUUGGAGCUCUACUCCCUCUAAAUCGCAAAUGUUGAUGAUCAGUUGGAUUAUUUCUUGAGAAACCACAAAAGCUCUCUGAAUGGCCCACUGAUGCACCCACAGAAAACUCUGCAGUUGACCAGCUCCAGCCAUUUCCUCCUCCACAAAAGCAGCUUGAAGACUUCAUUUACUUUAGGACUUUAUUCUUGUAAAUAAUGAUUAUAUUACAACAUUAUUCUCGUGAAUAAUGAUUUAAUUAUGACUUUAGUCUUGUAGCCUAAGUAAUGAUUUUACUACCACUUUAUUUUCAUAAGUAAUUAUGAAUGUAGCCCUAAUACUUCAUUGUAUUAAGUAAAUUAAGUCAUAACGCUGCUUUUGUGGAGGAGGACAUGGCUGGAACUGGUCAACUGUAGAGUUAUCUGUGGGUGGAUCAGUGUAGGCUGUAUUGGGACAGAGGAAAAAGUGUUCAGAAAGUGAAUCUCGUUCCACUUCAGUGGGGCAACAUGAACUGUGAUUCAUUCAAUAGCUCUAUUGAUAGUAAGUACUAAAAAAAAACAUCUACUCAUGACAUCCUGUCGAUUUUUAGUAAUCAGUGUUUCGGUGUCAAACUAUUUCCUUUCUACGGCGUAGUGAUACUUGCACACGCGCAAUCGAAUAUGCAGAGGAUGAAGCGAUUUUUGUCACGUGGACCAAUAGGAGCCGAGUCUCGUUGCCAUAGUAUCAGAAAUACACAAACAUGGCAACGAGCGCAUCUAGCAGCGAGACAAGCGAAGAGUGUGAAUUUCGUUCAACUACGCUGGUGCUACUUGCUCAAUGCAUUUUUGCAUAGACAAUACCGUUCUGGACUUUAGGUUAAAAUAUCUACUCAGACUAUCUGUCCGACUUUUGUCACCAGCCAGAAAUGUACAUAUAUGUGAGUAACUCAAAAAGCAAUGAUAUGAUGCUGCUGUUUUUGCUUGUAGAAACUGCUAUGUUUCUACAAGUAUGACAAAAUCUUUCUCAAAUGUCAUAAAUACAUCUACCUAACACCCGAAACAGUUAUUGGUGCCUUAGUAUACGCAUAAGUGAAUUCAGAUUAUGAAAUGUAGCAAAUUUCUUGAAGAAAAUGUCUCAACUCAAGUGAUUUGCACCCAGCACAAUGAAAUAUAUACAGUAAAUUUAGCUAAAAGCUUAUGUUUCAUAAAAAUGACACAACCUACUGUGUAAUAGUAGGUUUCCCAAAGUGUCCUUGUAAAGUCGAGAACGUCUUCACUCUGGACAGAUGAUAGAUGCAUAUAGCAUCGUUUCGUUCCUUUUUUAUGCACUUUUGAAGGCUGUUUUCUGUUUUUUCCUUUUCUUUUCUUCCUCUUCGCUUGUCUCGCUGCUAGAUGCGCUCGUCGCCAUGUUUGUGUAUUUCUGAUACUAUGGCAACGAGACUCGGCUCCUAUUGGUCCACGUGACAAAAAUCGCUUCACCCUCUGCAUAUUCGAUUGCGCGUGUGCAAGUAUCACUACGCCACAGUAAGGAAAUAGUUCGACACCGAAACACUGAUUACUAAAAAUCGACAGGAUGGCAUGAGUAGAUAUUUUUUUUUAGUACUUACUAUCAAUAGAGCUGUUUUAUGAAUCACAGUUUAUGUUGCCCCACUGAAGUGGAACGAACCAACACGAUCUUGCUCAGCCAAUACAGCCUAAGUGGGCCAUUCAAAGGUGCUUAGACUUAGCUACUUCAGUUCAAUUCAUCUAAAUGCUCCACAGUGCUCAUUUAAACAACUAACAAGAGGUUAGAAUGGCUAUUAGCUACGACCUUAUCCUCGUAAGAAAUGGUUUCAUUACGAGAUUAUUCUUGUAAUUACUCAGUCUUAAUUUUUUUUUCUUAAUGUGGCCCUAAUACUCUGUCGUAGUCUCCAGUGUUGUCAAUUUGUUCAUAAAGUCAAGGUAACUACUUGGCCAAAGUCUACUCUUUCUGUCAAGUCGGAUAUUGAAGAGGACCUGCCACCAAAAAUGUAAUUUUUUGCAUGUUUGUGUGUCAGAUUAGAUCCAUAUUAUGUUCAUCUUGUGUUGUAAAUGUGAAAAUAAACCUUUACGUCGUUUGCAUUCUGUAAAGAUUUAAAAUAAAAAAAUGGGUAAACCAGGCCAAUUGAAAAAGCAGGUCAUUCUGACGUCAAGCUGACCUUGCUUAUUAUUAUUCAUGAGCGCGCCCUCGGUGAGCCGUGCCCACGACGUCCGCUGUCAGCAUGGGGUGGGGUGGGGGGGUGGUAGCUUCGUUCAUCGGCCUGGGGUUGGGAGGGUGGUUGCUGAUAGGGCUGAUUCAUACUCCGAAGAUAUUUCGGUUCGGUUUUUUGCUAGGCUACUCCUCUCAUUCUCGUACCCAGUCACGGUCAUCAUCACUCUCCAGCCAGAGCGAGACCCAGCUACCACUGUAUCCGCUAUGGGUCUCUUCCAGACGACUGGUGUUUCCUUGGGUUCACUGCCGGGAAAAUGAACUUAAAGCUGGGCAGAAUGAAUGAGAAAACACUGCUGAAGCACCGAAAUAAGUUCUUUUGCUCUCUGGCUUCUUCUUCAACUUCCACCUCCUCUUCGGACUUGGACUCGGGGUCAAAAAUAUAUGGUUUAAUACCUGCCAUUUUUAGCCUUUAGCACACAAUAGCAAAAUGGAUAAACCGAAAUCAGAACCUCCACUGCUGAGCCAAUCAAAGCACAGUAGGCUUGACAGCAGCACUCCAAUCAGAGCAAAGCUCAUUAACAUAAAUGUUGAUGAGCCAAAGGCAGUUAGUUGUCCUGUAAGGUUUUUAGGCAUGCUAAAAUGGUUUGAAACAAACCAUCAAAUAACUUUUCAGCUAAAAUUAUGUUGCAAACAUGAUCAGAGGACAUCAAGGAUUUUGAAAAAAAUGAUUGAAAUGGGUAUUACAUUUUGAUGGCACGUCCUCUUUAAAAACCAAAACAACAACGGAAAACCUUCGGAUUGUGCGUGUCUGAGCUUUUAUUUUGUGAAACCACACAGGAAGUGUGAUACCCUUCCCUUGACUUGACGUUGGCUGGGUGUCAGAGAGCGGAGGGGCACAAGUCAAGAGCCACAUCAGGACGAUAUUCAUUGAACAUGGCACCGAAAUUCAAAAUAUUUUAAAAUGUCACGGAAUGAGAAGGGAUUUCUAACAACAGCUUGAAACGUAUUCAAACUCUGUGUAAAACCUUAAGUAGGUUGAUAAGUUAGUGGAGCAUUAACGGUUUGUUUGUUGGUUCAGAAACUGGCGUUGGUCGGUAUUGACCGUUGACCGUUAUCCCUGCCGUUGAUGAUGACUGGACGUGUUUUCAUGUGCUUUGUGACAGUUUACAGAGUUCUUCUGUCUGGUGAGUACUUUAAAAUGACAUGUUAUUCAAUUUUAAAAGCAUUUUGAAUAGCUUUCUCAAACAAAAUCAAUAAAUCCUGUAUAAUAAUCACACACUACCCUGUUAGUACUGUACUACAGUAAGCUAUGAGAUCCCCCAAAUCCAACAUGAUCAAAGUCAAUAGCCUAAUCGUCAGAAAUGUCUGAAAAUAUUAGCAGUAUUUUGAUCCAUUAGAUGUAGUAAAUAGUUCUAAUUAAGCUAUGCCAUUAUUGGCAAACUAAGUCACCCAUUGUGUAUUUUUACGUGUAGUCAAAGUACAUUGAAAUGAUUGAAUUAACUACAUGUAGUCGAUACACAGUAUAAGAAUAACAUCAGAUUUAACCCAGCCUAUACAAAGCUUAAUCAAUUUAAUUUUAAAAGUUUCAUAAGAAAACAGUUUAAGGAAAAAGAGACAUUCAUCUUUAAGGAUCAAUUAUAUAAAGCCUACCCAUUAAAAAUAAUCUAUAACAGUCACCAGUGAGCAGGGAAUAUUUUCAACUUUAUUAUAUAUAUACAUAUAUAUAUAUAUAUAUAUAUAUAUAUAUAUAUAUAUAUAUAUAUAUAUAUAUAUUUAUAUAAAGAAAGUUUAAACUAGACAUGAUUCAUCUGUUGUCUGUCUGGUAAGUGAGAAAUCAAAAUAAAUGGAUAAUAUAAUGUUUUACUCAUAUCUCCAAGCACAUAACACUUUACCCACCUCUGUGUUAAACUACUUAGAGAUAGGUGAUUCAAACUUGCAUUCAUUUGAUCUUAACACUUAAGUAGAACUCACACUGUUGCUAUAUCUCUGCAGGGCAGGGAGUCAUGCUCAGGUGGGUUUUGUUUAAAUGUCCUCUGCUUUGGCUUUUUAACGCAUUUUAAAAUUCUUUAUGCCAUGUACAUCAUUGAAAACACAUGAAAGCAUCUUCAUUUAUGCAUUAUUUCUGGGGGGAAUUCAAGCCCUUUGAGUACGUAAACCAUGACACACUUUUGUUUUGACUGUAUCCUCAUAUUAACGUCUGCUCUGAGACAAUGGUGUGUGAAACACCAUUGUUGGCUCGAUUUGAGUGUAUUUCUGGCUCAAGUGAAUCACCAAAAAGCAGCUAAAUGUCAGCAUUUUUCUUCUCUAAUUCUUAUUAGAGGAUGAUCAUUUUAGAUGAAAUUCAACAUUUCCUUAUAAAUAAAUAAAUAAAUCUUACUGUUUGUGGCUAAUGACCAUAUCCAGAAGGAUUAGGCUAUCUCUGAACAAAAGUGUCAGCAUACCACAUGUGUCAGUUUUUUAAACAUUACUUAAUGUACGAGACAGUAAGCAAACCCUGUGAGGAUUCAGGGACUUAUUACAUGUUUGUUGAACAUAUGAAGGUCAUCACACAUUUUUAAUAUGAAAUUCCCUGUUUUUGUAAUCCAGUGAAAAAGAACUGAAUGUCUUUUGUUAUCUUGCGGAUGUACUGUUGAAGGCCAAUGUUCCCAAGACCUUCAAGCUUCCUCUGCUGUCAGGAAGCUCGGUCCUCCAGUUUCCUUCAAUGUGGUCAUCCACCUCCACAGGAAGCUCAAACAAUGGCAUUCCUCUGCUGCUGGAUGCAAACAGACAUUGUUUGUUGGCCGCACCACUGUUUGCUGGGGGUGUUGUGUUUUUGUUUGAACAGAGUCAAAAGUGGGGAGGUGUAUUGAUAGGAGUUGCUGAUUGGGUGCAGCUCCCCUGGUCUGGAGAAAAAUAAUUAUAGACUCUUAUUUACAGAAGAAUUUGGCUGCUACUGCGUGGGUCCUGGAAUGAAAAUAAACUGGUUAGUGGUUCAAUUAUGCACCAGACAGUAUUGAAGCCAUAUGACAUUAGUGGUCGAUUGAUUACAGUUUUUCAUCUUCUGAUGUUGAUACGAAUAAUAAGAGAGCAGGUCAGCCGAUGGCUGCGGGAUAUUGCUGCAACCUGUCAACUUUGGACUCAAUUAUGUGACAACACUAAUGUCAAAUCAAUACAAGACUUUUAAUUUUGGUGUGUAUGGGCCAUUAUGUUGUCCCACCUUGGAUACAAAAUGUCCUAAAUAAUAACCUGAAGUCAUUCAAAUGUUCUGGGGGAUCGAGCUUUCAGUUAUUACCCUCUACCUUAAAGAGUACACUCUAAAAACCCCUGGGUUAAAAACAACCCAAGUUUGGGUUUCAACACCAGGGUUGAAAAGGGACCGACUACUUAUUGGGUUAUUUUGACGCAGAAUGUUGGGUUAUUCAAAUUAACCCAAAUUUUGGGUUGACUCAAUAACUCUUUUUAAGGGUCAAGUUAACCCAAUCUUCGAUUUAAUUUGACUCAUGAUGGGUUAGAUUAUAUACAUACACUACAGGCCAAAAGUUUGGAAGCAAGAUCAGAGUUGUACAAAAAAAGAUCUUAGUUUCAUAUAAUUUGCAACACAAUAAACAUGACUAUUGUGUAAAGAGUAAUUUAUCAGAAGACAUUUUGACUAUAAUUAUUAGGUAUUUGAGUUAUUGUUGCUUAGACUUUGCUUUUUUAAAGUAACCUCCUCUGGCCUUAACAACAGCUUGGCAUACCAGGCAGUUUGUCUGCGGACAUAGGCUCUGCGUUUUGACCCAGGGGCGGCAGUAGCUCAGGAGGUAGAGCGGUCGUCCAAUAACCGGAAGGUUGGCGGUUCGAUUCCCCCCUAAUCCAAGUCUGUCCGUUGUGUCCUUGGGCAAGACACUUAACCCACCUUGCUCCCAGUGUGUGUCCUCCACUGGUGUAUGAUUGCGAGUGUUGUGUGGUGGUGGUCGGAGAGGCCGUAGGCGCAGAAUGGCAGCCACGUUUCCACCACCACCAAAGUGUGACUGUGUGAGCGAAUGAAUGAUGUAUCCAAUGUAAAGCGCUUUGAGGGUCUCUGAUGAAGCGCUAUAUGAAAUCUAAUGCAUUAUUAUUAUUAUUAAUUUAUUUCUUUUUUAUAAGGCUUAUAGUUAGUACUGGUUCAGGCCAGCUCGAAGUGAUACUUCCAUAGGCUUAAAUUCCUGCAGGUACUGGCACAUUGAGCACCUUUCCCUUCUUUUCCAUCCUCUUAAUGCGUGUGAUUAAUUUUAAUUUAGCUUGUCCAGUUAGAGUCACGAAUACACAAUAUCCCUCUAUCAGUCUCUGCUCUGUCUAUCUCUCGUUUUUCAUCUCACUCUCUCAGUCUCUCCUCUGUCCAUCUCCCCCCCACGGACACAGCAGCGCCACUGCUGAAAAAAAUUCUAGGGGAAACACUGACAUUUGUUCAAAUCUCUUAUUGGAAGGAGUGAACAGUCAAUCAAUCAAUCAAUCAAUCCAAUUUUAUUUAUAUAGCGCCAAUUCACAACAGUCAUCAUCUCAAGACGCUUUUCAAGGAACAAGAGCAGGGGCCUCAUGUAUCAACGCUUGCGGCGCAAGAAAACCUUGCGUACGCCAAAAUCGGCGCACACGUCCAGAUUUAUCAUCGCGAAAUGAGCGUCGGUUCCAGCGCUAAUCAACGCAAAGUCAGGAGGUGGUGUAGAAACUGGCGUUGAGCCGAUACUUGCGUUGACUGUGAUUCGCACUUUUGCGACGCUGUGUGGCGGUGUUUGGUGACUCACUAUGUGACAAGCGUGCACCACAUCCCCGUGGCCGAGCAGCACGUCGCCCCACAUGACGAACCAGCAGCAGACGGAGGGAUGCGAGCUGAUCCCUGCCGGGCCGCCGUCCUCGCGCGGGAGAAUCUCAUCGCCACAGUGUGAAUGGGUAAGAAGUGAAUACACAGUUCAAUGAGCCAAAUUAAUUUAUUUUCUCCACCAGACGCUCGAGGACAUUUACGAGCCGGUCCAGCCGCUCGUUGAUCCCCGCGAUCCCCCUGAUGAUUUCUUCUUGCGAUUGCAGGACCCCCUCCGCGAGGACCCUUCCACUGCGUCCGGGUGGUCCAGCGGAAGCGCCGCGGCUGGUGGACGCUCCACCGCUUGUCGGUGCGCUGGUGCUGAUGCUGGUGCUGGUGCUGGGGCCGGGGGCCGGGGUGGCCCGAAUGCCGCUGGUCCUGGCCAACGACUCCGAGCCGGCGGACGGGCUGCCGCGGGCCGGGGUUCCGCAAGCCGGCGACACGGCCGACACAUUGAUUUCUGUGACACAAUAAAAAUAUUGGUUCAUUUCAAUUCCUGCUUCUGUGUAUCUGUUGCGUUUACAUCUCUCUCCACGGUAUCAUAGGUAAUGUAAUCCAGUAUUUAGAGGUCAGUUAUGCACAUUACAGUUGUUUAUUGCAUAAAAAGUUAUUGAAAAAUGAAGUUAAGGGCGAAGUAUAAAUCACGUCUAAAAAUAGACUGAAUCCCGACGUUGAAAUGAAGUAUAAACUUAGACUAGACGUCUAAUAUACGUCUUUUGCUUAGUGGGAUGACAAAGCAUGUGGACAUUUGUGUGACACGCCACUUACCCUAUAAUAAUAAUCGCCACCACCCGCUGCUCAAACGGUGUGAGGGUCUCCUCCCCCGGACCCCCACCUGUCUGGCCAGUACUCCUCCGGAGGGCAGCUGUACGCCGCUUGACCUCCACCUUGAGGUCCGACCACUUUUUUUAAAUCUUCACGGGGGUGCAUGUCUCGGAACCCACCGCAUUCACCCUCUCGCAAACUUUCUCCCACUCCAAGCGUUUUUGUUUUGCACUGACGCCACUGGACAGGCUGCCAAACAAAACACACUGUCGCUCCUCCACCUCCGCCACCAGCACCUCCACCUCGCACGCCGUAAAUGUAGUUUUUCUUGUCAUUUUGUCUAUGGCGAGGACAGGGAGACCCUAUUUAAAUAAAUCUGCAUAUUUAUAGAAGGGUGUAACGGGGACGGGCCCAGUCACUCCGACAUCUGCGCUCAAUUCCACGCUGAUUGGGAUUUAUCAAGGAAACACACGUGGAUUUCGGCGCCCGCACACAUUGAUACAUACGGAUUUUUUUCAGCGUGACGGACCUUGCGUGCGCUCGUUUCUGGUAUGAGUUCCACGCAAGUGUUGAUACAUGAGGCCCCAGGUCUAGACCACGCUCAUUUUUUGAUGAUCAAGAACCAACCUAAGAUGGGUUUUGGCCCGUCUCAACUAACAUGAGUAACAGUGGCAAGGAAAAACUUCCUUUUAACAGGCAGAAACCUUGGGCAGGACCACCCUCAUGUUAGACAGCCACCAUGCCGCUGCUGGGUUGGGGAGGAAUGUAGAGUGAAGAGGGGAGAGGACAGGGAGAGAGAGAGAGAACAAGAUAAGGGAAGGCGAGAGAGAAUGAGUAAGGAGAGGGAGGGGGAGGGAGAGAGAGUAGAGAACGAGGGCGAGAGAGAGACAGGGGGCAGCAGAAACAACAGCAACAACAACAACAACAGCUCAUGUAAUGGUGAAGAAAAAAGAGUUCAGUUUACAGGGUUAGGAUAUGAGUGAUUAUGGAUAGUGUUAAAUUAAUUGAGUGUGAUUACAGUUAGCAGUUAGCAGGCCUAAUCGUGGUCAGUUCUAGUUUAUGUUAUUAAUGUCAGUAAUGUCAGUGAGGCUGAUGUUCAUGUCUGCAGUAACAGUUCAGAGGACUCCAAGAGAAGAAGGAGCUCAGGGCCUGAGGUGGACAAUCAUAGAUGAUGCGGCUAACAGUCCAGAGGAAUCCAAGAGAAGAAGGGGCUCAGGGCCUGAGGCGGACAAUCGUAGACGAUGAAGCUAGAGUCAGGCAGGUCUGCAGCAGCCAUCAGUCCGGGGCAACCAAGGGGGGGGGGGGGGGCUUGUCUGCAGCAACGGUCCAGAGGAGCCAAAGAGAUGGAGGAGCUCAGGGCCCAGGGUGGACAAUCAGGGAUAAUGCAGCUGGGGUCAGGCAGUUCGGCAGCAGACCGUCUGCAGCAUUAGUCCAGUGGCAGCUAAGAGACUCAGAGACACUCAGAGAGACAGAAAACUGGUUAGUGACUUAUAUGGGACAUAAAGAUCUAAAGAAGAGAUAGAAACAGACUCUAGCUCAGUGUGCCAGAUAGCCCCGGCAGUCUAGACCUAUAGCAGCAUAACUAAGAGCUAAUAACUAAGAACAGCAGCAGCAGAUCCACUUUCCAAUAUCAGGCAUACCUGAUUGCACUCAUCUAAACCCCAAUCUUGUAGGAAAUCCCUCAUGUGGGGCCUCAUCCAGUAACGAGCUGCUCAGAAACGUCUUCUUCAUUACCUUCGGCCAUGUUUGUUUGUCAUUCUGCUCUGUGUGGGCUAUGGCUGUGAGUCCAUCGCUCACGCUUUUGUCAUCAACUUGCAUUUAUCGUAUUUAUCAUGAGAUAGCAAAUAUUUAUCAUUGAGGAUUUUUCUGAUGAUUUAUCUUGAACGAUAAUUUAUCACCCAUUCUGAACACUGGGUCUUUGUAAAUAGAGUCUGGUCUAGACUAGCUUGUUUUGGUUGAGGGUCUUGGGAUAACACCUGUUGGAUAUUGGUGCUUUAUUAAAGAUUGAUAGAUUGUUUGAUUGACUGACUUUGUUGUGUAGAUGAGUCAGAGUCUGAAAAUUGUGCACAGUACCCCCCUCCCCCUUUAACACUAGAAGGACCAGCUUUUGCUGUUCCUACCUAUAAAGACCAAAGGGCAGCCGAAUGGCUUGGAGGGCUUUUAGCCAGUACUAAAUCACCUGUGAACACUCAGUUUGUUAUGCAAACGAGGCGAUCGCUGGCGCACCACAGGAGGGGAUAUGCUGAGUUACUCCAAGAAAACUUGUGUUGUUGGGAGAGGGAGUGGGGAGGGGGAGGGGGAGGGGAAUUUCUAACCUGAGAACAACUGUAGACAGAAACUGCUUCAGCCAUAGCCACUGCACAGACAGUUUGGGCCUCUGUUUGUUUUGUUUGGUUCUACUUCUCCUGAUGUCCCUGCACCUCGGCAGAUGGAGAACCAACAGCUAAGGCCAGGAGGUCCAUCUUGACUGGUCUUCAGAGCUUCCUGUGUUUCAUCACACUGGACAUGCUUGGUUCUAUUCGAGACUGUACUGUUCAACAUACGAAGCAAAAAGAGUAUGUUGAUUGGUUCAUGGCCCUCCCUGAACUAAUGGCAUUUAUUGCUAUUAUUAUCUUGCGGGGGCUGACCAAGGUUACAUCAAUGAGUGACUGCUGGUCAGCAAACCUGGGAAACCCCCAGAUCAUUGCAACUAUGUCCCGAAAUUGCUUCAAAGACAUUAUGCGACACCUACGCUUUGAUGAUAGGGACACCCGCAGUGAGCGCACAAAGACUGACAAGUUUGCUGCAAUUUCUGCCGUGUGGUCGUCAUUUGUCACCAACUGCAUCACAUCCUACAACUGACGAACAGCUUUUACUGUCAAAGACUCGCUGCUGUUUCCUGCAGUACGUUGCAACGAAACCUGACAAGUUUGGGAUCAAGUUUUGGGUGGCUUGUGACUUGAAAUCCAAGUACAUCUGCAAUGUCCUCCCAUAUCUUUGCAAGGACCCCAGUCGUCCCAGUGGGGAGAGACUGUCCGAGAACGUAGUUUUGAGGCUGAUGGAACCAUUCCUGGACAAGCGCAAGAAUGGAACCACAGACAAUUUCUUCACAUUGAUGUCACUUGCGCAACCACUGCUUAGGUGGAAAACCACCAUCCCAGGCACAGUCAACAAGAUUCGCUGGGAAAUUCCACAAUCAUCUAGACAGAGGGACUGCAAUGAAUUCACAACUCAAGUGUUUUCAACCACUGGAGCCAUACUUACGGUGUAUGCGCCCAAACGGAAGAAGGUCUACGUUCUCAGCAGCAUGCACAGCGUGGUUCAGACUGAGAAUACUACUAAAAUGAAGCCAAACACCAAAUCACCCUUUACAAUACUACAAAGUGCAGCGUGGAUGUGAUGGACCUGAUGGUGCAGGAGUACACUGUCCGCACCGGAACACGGCGCUGGCCAGUCGCUGUGUUCUAUAACAUGAAUGAUAUGGCAGCAUUGAAUGCACAUGUGCUGUAUCAAGCAUGCAAUGGGAGGCAGGAUAGACGGGUGGACUUCCUGGUGGAGCUUGCAAGAAAGCUGGCUAACUCUCAUGUGACUGCGAAGAAGGCACAAAAGGAAGAAUUGCUUCGGCAACAAACUUCCACACCUAGCCCUGGAAAAAGAGCCAUGUGCCAGGUUAAAAAUCAGUGUAAGAACAAUCAUGCCACUGUGCGAUGUGUUGACUGCUACAGAUACACAUGUGGGAAAUGCAGAGGGGAGAUACCAUGGCAGUGCCAGGAUUGUGAGUGAGAAUCUAACACUGUAUCCUGAUGAUGCAUAUUCACCUGAAGUCCAUCACCAACCUUUUUAUACUUUAUAUAUGUCCUGCAUGCUCUUGUUAUUUUCUAUUCUUGUAUUUUACAUAUUAUUCUCUGUUUAAUAAUGCACCAUCACGCCGUAAAAAAUCCUAGCAUUGUACAUAGCCUUUCAUACUUUUAUACUUUAUAUAUGUCCUGCAUGCUCUUAUUUUCUAUUCUUGUAUUUUACAUAUUAUUCUCCGUUUAAUAAUGCACCAUCAUGCCGUAAAAAAUUCCUAGUCUGUGAAACAUGUUCAUUGACAAUAGCAAUAAAACCCCUUGUGAUUCUGAUUCUUGUUCUUAUUCUAUACAGUUUUUUAAAUUUUGUUUAUUUUUAAUCAAUAAAUUUCAGCAACAAAGUAAACAACCCAUGUGUGUUGAUCCCUUCCUUUCUGUUGUCCCUUCCCACUGCAUACACCACUUAGUCCAGUCCCCUCCUGUGGUGCGCCAACGAUCACCUUGUUUGCAUAACAAAAUGAGUGCUCACAGGUGAUUUAAGAUAUUAGCUAAAAUCCUUCCAGCCGAUCGGCUGCCCCGUGGACCUUGAGGGGGGUAAAGCCAAAUGGCUGCUCUGUGGUCCAUCUGGUGUUAAAUGAUAAACAAACCAUUUAAAUCUUUUUUUGUUAACAUAUACAGCCUUUUGUGGUCACACUUCUAUCUGCAGGUCCUGCAGCAAUCCCCAACAUUACAAUGUUAAAAAUGACUACAGUGAGCUAGACACAGCUGAUUUUAUAUUUAGAAGUAAAAGAGUACUACAAUAAAAAAGAAAAAAAAAACAAUUUGCCUCCAACAAAACAGUUACCAAUCUCCUGGCUGUACAUAUAGAUGACUCUCAUUAGGAACCAGCAUGUGUUGUUACAUGAAUCCCUGAGAUAGUCUUUUGUGUCGGACACAUUUGACUUUUUUAGACAUCCUCAGGCACACCAUUCCCUCAAGGGGCUUCUUGAAGUGUUGUGAGCAUUAUUUGUUGGCUGGUUUAAACAGUCUGUCCUAUCAUAUAUUUUGUUUGCUUUUAUGCUUUUUAAGAAAGAAAGUUUUUUUAAGGAAUAGAGGUGGAUGUUUAAUUCAUUCAGCAUUUGGUAAUUACCUGCAGUUUAAAUGAGUGGCGUUAUAUUCAGCCCAGUUCAGGAACUUUUUCUCUAACAAGAGCUCUGUCCCCAUAAGAUCAUCAGUUCUCUUUUUGUUCAUGUCAGCUGUUGGUGGAUGACACAAUUUUCAUCUGUUUGUCUCUCCUUCAGGCUCCAGAGUUUGUGCAGAGGAGAUACCUCCCCGUAUCAUCCAUCACCCAGCUGAUGUAGUCGUGAGGGUGGGGAGUCCUGCGAAGCUCUCCUGCCGAGCUGAGGGCAGCCAACCGCUGACCAUUGAGUGGCUGCGAAAUGGACAGCCUUUGGAUCUGUCAGAUGUAAGGCUGCAGCCCAUGGCCCUGCCUGAGGGGAGCCUUUUCUUUUUAAGUGUGGGCAGAGGAAAGAGGGGUCAGUCACAAGAGGGCAUCUACACCUGUGUGGCCAGGAACAGUGCAGGCACGGCCACCAGUCAUAAUGCAACUCUGUAUGCUGCAGGUAAGUCUGAGGGAUACCACUGAAAACCAAUAAUCAGUCAGAAAAGUUAUCACUGGUCAAAUUCAUUUUAUAAUUGUUUCAGUCAAUUUUUGUUAUGAUAUAGACAUAAACCUCAGGAAAAGAAGCACUGGAGGGCAAGUAAUGUUACAAUGGAAAUCCAGGAAAGUCUGGAGACAGUUAGAUGUUAAUAAUAACAGACUGUCAAAGUUGCUAAUCAUUUAAACUACUUCUAACUGAAAGUAGUGCAAAGAUAACAUUACAAGAGUAGAAACUGUAACAUGUUUUUAUAUUGUGCAAAUUUUAAAAGUUAGGACGGGAACAACAAAAUGCUCAGAAAGUUGUGUUAUGCUCCAAAAACACAUGACUAAACAUCUCCCAGUUAACGAGGUUAAUCUUUAAGAGGUUAGUAACAUGAUUGUGUAUAAAAGAGUAUUAAGACAGGCUGAGUGUUGGUGAGGGGAAGAUGGAAGGAGAUUCAUCACCCUGUGAGAUACUGUAAAAGCUUUCAAGCUAAUGUUGCCCAACAUAAAUGAGCAAAGAAUGAGUGGAUUUCAUCACCUGCAGUGUAUAAUAUCAUUAGCAGACUCAGGAAAUCUGGAGAAAUCUCUCACUCUCACCUCUAAAAAACAUAGAUAGUCAGAACCCAUGGGGCACUGCAUCCACAAAUGCAGGUUAAAACUGUGAGCCAUCCAUGACCCAGAAACACUGGCGACUUCUCUGAGCUAGAGCUCAACUUGGAUGGGAAGAGCUAAUUGUUGUCUUGUCAUAAACAAACUCCUCGAGUAGAUCCCCUUUACUCAAUAAGUGUUUAUUUUCCUGAAAUCCAGCUCUCAUACCUAAAUUAUCUCUGCCAGGCCCACACAUAAAGAUUUUUUGAGGAGGGGGAUUUGGAGAUGAAAGCAUGGCCCCCACACAUGCAGAGCACUGAUAAAGAUGUUAGGAGUAACAGACAGAGAAGGGCACUGAGGUCCAUUGUCGAUGUUUGCUGGAGAUGUGGUGCUAAUUGACCUCAGACCUGCACUGUUGACUUUACUGGGUCUCAGUGAGGCAGGCGAGAGGAAGCAGCAGCUGCUCUUUCAGAUGAAGCUGAAGCAGUAAUGCUGCUCAAAUCCUGUUCAACCACAGCUAAUAAACACUAAAAAACCUUGGUGGUGCAAAUGACGUUUCAUGAUGUCAUAUAGUACAUGCCAAAAAACUUUUCCCUUGUUAAAUUAAUUUCAUAACCUCUAAGGUGCAAGAUAAACUAUGUAUUCAUUACUUCUGCUGGAUAUUUCUGAUCUUUUAAGAAACCCCACACAUCUGUUUCCUUUCUGACUCAGAUUAAAAUCAUCGGUUUUCGUGAAUUAAAAGGAUUUAGACUUUUUGAUUUUUUGAAAAAAGUUUUUUUUUUACAUGUGAAAUGUUUGCAGAGUCUUACUCAGACUACUGUUGUAGUAUUGCAGGAGGAGUUCACAGUGCAGCCCAGUGAUGCAGAGGUGGCAGAGGGAGACGUGGCUGUCUUAAACUGCGGCCCUCCAAUGGGACGCCCUGAGCCAAACAUUGUGUGGAUGAAGGAUGGUCAGCCCAUAGACAGCAUGGAUCAACACUACACUGUAAGCAUCUCUUCCUUUACAGAUGUGAUGGCACUUUUUUAAACAGAUCUUCAUCCAACCUUUCUUGUAUUUUGACCCCACUACUUUUCCUUGUAAGUGUUUUGAUUGCUCUCUUCUUAAAUUCUGAAGUCAGCUAAAGAAUUUUCUGGUCUACUUCUACAUCUGAUCCUGUGUCUAGUUUUGCAUUUGGAUUGUCAAAGUGGUGUUUCUGUACCCGUAUGUGAUGCACCCCCAUGGUUGAAAAUAGAGACAACUUCACUCAGCUCAAGCAGAUUAUUUAAUGAUGGGGAUGGUGAAUUUUCAUUUUUACUGAUACCAUUAUUGAGACUCAUAACUACUGAUUUAAGGCCUUAUUGGAAAUGCUAUUGGGUCUUUUCUAUAUUGUUUUACUUUGUACAAUUGUAUAUAUGUAUAUACAUAUUUCACAAAGAAAAAAAAUUCUCUUCUUUUGGACAUAACACUUAAACACUUCAUGAUAAGGUGUUAUCUACUUUUGCCUAAUUUUAAUUUUAACAACUCGAUCUUGAAUUCCUCACAAUGUAAUCCUUUGUCACCUGGAUUAGUUUGCUAACUCACUUUCAUCCUGCUGAUUUUAACAUGAAUUUCAAUACUGAAUCAUGAUGUGUAACAAAUGGGACCUCAUCUAAAGUCUGGCUGUAAUGAACCUGGCUGCUUUGGGUGAAGAAGAGGAUGGCAGCCCCACAGCAGCGUCAUCAGCAGCAGAAGGGUUAACAUAGUUGUUUGAAGCUACAGACAGUCAAAGGUGCUGCAGGUACUUUGGCUUGAUUUGAUGCACAUUGCUGAUGUGCUCAGCGAUGGAGGUUGUGUUCUCCCUUGCAAUAAAUUAUUUUGCAGCAUAAUCUGUAUUUCACUUCAUCCUUAUCUUCAGCUUUGGUAAAAUGGAGCCACAAUUUGGACCUCCUCAUAUGUUCAGAUAUUGUUGCAAACAACUGACCAUUGAAUUUUUUCUUUGUGUACUUUUACACCUGUACCCUGUUCCAACACUAUAGCAGACAAUCUGCUAAUGUGUGUGCACCACUGAUUUAAUUAACAUGACAUUACCUUAUGGAACCCUUGAGACCCGACAUCAGAGGCGAGACACUGAAACUGAAUUGAAUUUUGGGUUUUGACAAAUGGUUUAUUAGGUAUUCAAUGGACCUGGGUGUCGAUCUCCAUCCUGAUUUGGUGAUGGUAAUAAUGGCUUUGAUAGAGAAGGAUGAUGACCCUUCCAUUCAUUGCAUAUUUGGAAGAUGUAAUUCUCUGUGUGCUCCCUUGGUAGAUCAGCUUGUGUGUGGGUAUUAUGAGAUUAUACGCAUUUUAAAACAUACCUUCAGUAAACCAGGUUCUUAUGUGCUCUUUUCUUUUCUUCUGGUUGUUCUUAUCAUCUUGGACCUGCAAACCUGGAAAUCUUGUGAUUUGCAAGUUGCACUGUAGCAGAAAGUACACUCAAGUUUUCAUCAUGAAAACAACAGACUUAAAUUGGAAAUACUUUUUCAGAGCGAGUUCUCCAACACUUUAUACAGUAAUUUGGCUUUCAUUAGUAUUGGAGUAAUAAUGACCGAAGGAUUUAAACUCGGACUCCAGUUAUGAAGUUCUGUAAUUUGUCCACCACUUAUAACAAACCAGAAAACACUCUGAGUGAACCUGUACAAGUCACUUACGAUAUUGUUUUUAAAAGAGGUUUUGUUUGACUGUCAGUAGAUAAUAGGCGACAUAGCAUCGAAACAUCACCAGGGUAACUUCACUUUCUCUAUUGAUACAUUACAUGAGCAGGUAACCAUCCCCUGCUUGUCAAAGCUGCACUGCUUAUCUAUAAAGCAGCUGUGCUGGCUUGCAAUGAUUGAUUGUUCAAUGUUCACCAGGGUCAGGAAGCUGUGUGUGAACAGUCCAAAUUGAGAAUUUGUACAAAAAUGUGUGUAAGAGGUGUGGAAUUUAGCAUUGUGUCAACCUACCUGUAGUGUAAGAUUUGGACGUGUGUCCAUGGGCUGCCUCCACGGAUUCCUGUUUUUCCGUUAUUCUAUUUCCCUGUGCAUCAUUUUUUCUACAGACAUUGAUCCAGCUAAACCAACCCUGGUGUUUCACAGAGUAGAAAAAAAAGAGAAAAGAGGCUGACAGUGCUUCCUCAACGGUGUAGGUUGUUGGAAGGUUUGAGUUGCACAGACUCUGUUGGCUCGAGUGAGAUUGAAACACAGUUCCAGUCCUGCUGGUUUAUUUCUCCCAGGUCAUGAGCUAAUGCACUUGGGAGGACAAUAUAGUGGUUUAACACUGUCUUCCAAUCACUGUCCCCAGUCUGUGUAUGACAUAGGCUUGGUGGGCUACAGCUGAGGUCCCUCUCUCCCACAUGAAUCACCUGAUCUUGAAAAAUUAAUAAAUAGAGCUUGUGGUAGCUUUUAACAGGGUGUAAACAUUUCAUUAGAUCAGGGAGCUGGUCCCUGGCUAGAUACAGUUGGACACAAUUAUGGAAGGCCAACAGGGACAUUCUUGUGUGGGCUGUGUGGUUCUAAUGCUCCCAGAGGAUGGGCAUCAUAGAUGCAUUUUGUGUCUGGGGCAUUAGCAGGCAAUAUCAUCCUCGGAGAACCCCCAUAUGCAUAAAUUGUUUAAUAUUAACUAUCAGAGAAGCCUGCUGUCACUUUUUGCUGCAAAGCGAGUGAGUUCUCCCCUUCUAUACCAUCUAGAGGACAGAGGAGUUUGGCUUGUACCACAUGAGGACUGGGGGGUGUUAAGUGACCUGGCAGACUUCCUUGACCUCUCUUUUUGCUGGUCCCUUAGAGCUUUUGCGUGAUUUGGCCCCAUCUCCCAUAUGGUUUGAGAACAGAGGAGCAGGAGACAAUCUAUUUCUCUGGUGAAGAUGAACUAUUAAGUGGGCUGCACAGCUGAAAAAAAUUCUAGGCUGGCUCUGAAUGCUGCCCUCCCCCAGGACCCUGGAGCCACCACAUCCGGGUUCAAGGUUGGUGCACCUGCACGCCCAGCGUUGCUGCUCCUUCUCCUGCCUGAUUUAAAGGAUAUUGUGAGCAGGCAAUUUCACUUACCAGCAGAAGCACAAAAGUGGUCUGCAUCAUGUGGACAACUGUCUAAAAUACAUGGCAGACAGUUGAUCAGGCCUUCUCUCUGCUGGUUUCCCUCUCCAGCUUCAUUUUUGGCAAAGCCACCCUCCUUUGCAGAAAUUGCAGGUUUCUCAUGACCAGGACUAUGCAGAUCCAUCUGGCUACCACUGCUGCUGUCGUGCUCCUCUACCUCUGCCAGUUGACAUGUUAGAUGCAGGAGGGUUCUGGGGAUGUAAAGAACCUAGUUAAGCCAUUUGGGACCUCUUGGGCAGGGCAGAGGUCAACCUGUUCCCUUCCAGAGAGUCAACCCAUUGUCAAAUCUUAUUUCCCCUCAAGAACAACCACUCUCCUCUGGGUUAGGCUGCCUUGGUGCAUGCAUGCCCUGGACUUCUGCCUUCCCUGGACUUCUGCCUUCCCUCAGGUUGACGUCUGAGGGAUCCUGACCCCUGAUGGACAGGUUGCCUUGGGAGUUCUGACUUUAGUCAAGGUGAACGAGAAGUUCUUCUAUCCUUCCAAGCAGAGCUACGGUAAGGGGUUUGCCCCUGAAAUGGACAGGCUUCUGUCAUUGGGACUACCGGAGCCUGCAGUGAGAAUUAUGUAGGAAGCCCGGGCACCAUCUACCAGGGCUACUCACCUCUACCAUUGGAGGGUGUUCACUGUCUGGUGUGAGUCCUAUUAGUUAUGCUGCGUUCCAGUAAGUGUUGGGAGGUAUGACAGUAUGAUGGUAUACCGUGUGAUGGUAUAAAAGAAGAAGAAGAAGAAAAACUUUAUUGAUCCCCGAAAGGAAAUUCAAUUGUGUGUUGUCUCACAUAAUAUGUCUAUAAAAGUUAUCUAUUAUUUACAUAAAAGUUAUAAAGCCUGAUGGCUGUUGGUACAAAAGAUCUUCUGAAUCUUUCUGUCCUGCAGUGAAGAGAGAGGAGCCGAAAUGGGUGAUCCAUGUUAGACUUCACCUUCCUCAGUGUAGAUCUCUCCACCACAUCCUCCACUGAGUCCAGCUGGAGUCCAACCACAGAGCCAGACUUUUUCACCAGUUUGUUCAGACGUCUUGCAUCUUUGUGUUUGAUGCUUCCUCCCCAGCAGACUGCAGCAUAGAACAGAACACUUGCCACCACAGACUGAUAAAACAUCUGCAGCAUCUUACAACAGAUGUUUAUUGAUCGGAGUCUUCUCAGGCAAAAGAGGUGGCUCUGCCCCUUUCUGUAGAUGUAGUCUAUAUUCUUAGACCAAUCCAACUUAUUAUCCAGAUAUACACCAAGGUAUUUAUAUGAUGCCACCACUUCAAUGUCCACUCCACAGGUGUUCACUGGCUGAAGAGGGGGUUUGGAUCUACGGAAGUCUAUGACCAUCUCCCUUGUCUUUGAGGUGUUGAGGAGGAGGCAGUUUUUGUGACUCCAGUCACUGAAGGCUCUUAUUAGAUCUCUGUAUUCAGCUUCUUGUCCAUUUCUGAUACAUGCCACAAUAGCGGUGUCAUCUGAGUAUUUCUGGAUGUGGCAGGGCUCAGUACUGUAUUUGAAGUCUGACGUAUACAGUGUGAACAGGAAUGGCGCCAGCACUGUCCUUUGUGGAGCCCCUGUACUGCUCAUUGAUGUCCCAGAAACACAGUUCCCCAGCCUGACAAACUGUGGCCUUCCUGUCAAGUAAUCUGCCAUCCAGGAAACACAGGAAGGAUCCACUCCCAUCUCUGUGAGCUUGUCUUUGUGUAUGGUGGGUUGGAUGGUGUUGAAUUUACUUGAAAAGUCGAAGAACAUGAUCCUCACAUAAACCCCAGGUUCCUCCAGAUGAGACAGGGCACGGUGAAGCAUGUAGAGGACAGCAUCAUCCACUCCAAUGUGUUCUUUGUUGCAAACUGCAGGGAUCAAGUUUGUCUUUGACCUUAGACCUCAGAAGGAGUAGAAUCAGCCGCUCCAGGGUUUUCAUGAUGUUUUAAGUGAGGGCCACUGGUCUGUAGUCAUUGAGUUCAGCAGGACAGUUUGUUUUUGGUACUGGCUCAAUGCAGGAUGUUUUCCACAGAGCAGGUACCCGCCCCAGCUUUAGACUCAGGUUAAAGAUCUUGUGGAGAGGUUGACACAGUUCUGCAGCACAGUCUCUAAGCAGCCUUGGACACACACCAUCUGGACCAGCUGCCUUCCCAGGACAAAGUCUUCUAAGCUCCAUCCUCACCAUUGUUUCCGUGACAGACAAGGACUGGUGUUCUAGAAAGGAAGCAGUUGAAAUGGUUGAGACAUUUGAACGAGAUGGAGGAGGAAGGGGAGAAGUUUUAGUGGAGAUUUGUUGCAGAGAGGAAGGUGGAGUAGCAGUGGAAGUGGGUGUGACAGCAGUGUCAAAUCUGUUGAAGAAGAGGUUGACUUCAUCGGCUCUUUCCACAUCACCCACACCACUGGCUGUCCUUUCUUUUUACUUCUGUGUCCAGAGAUGGUACUGAUUCCUCUCCACACUUCACGGAUGUUGCUGUGUUGUAGAUUUCUCUCUACCUUGUUUUUGUACUCCAGCUUUGCCAUCUUCAGUCUCCUCUUCAACUCUUGUUGCACUUGUUUGAGUUGUUCUUUGUCACCAUCUUUAAAAGAUUUCUUUUUCUGGUUAAGGAUUGCUUUUAUGUCUCUUGUGAUCCAGGGUUUGUUGUUGGAGAAAUAGCGAACAGUCUUUGUGGGUAUAACUGUGUCUCUACAGAGGUUGACAUAUUCAGUAAAGCAGUCAACCUGUCUGUCAAUGUUCAUUCUAUCCACAUCUGUUUCCAGCAGCACAUUCCAGUGUGUUGAUAUAAAACAGUCCCUUAGAAGAUGGACUCCUCAAGCCAGUGAAGCUCUGAUUUUGACUUUUGUCACAGGCUGCCUUAGUACACAACGUCUGUAACAGGUUUGGAGAUAGACCAAGUUAUGAUCUGACUUGCUCAGUGGUGGUAAGGCAGUGGCUCUGUAGGCUUCUUUGGCAUUGGCAUACAUCAGAUCCAGGGUUUUGUUUUCUUUGGUAGGACAGUUCACAGACUGUGAAUCCAGUCAGGUGAGAGGAGAGGGUGACAUGGUUGAAGUCUCCCGAUAUUAUUAUUAGUGCCUCCAGGUGUUGAGUCUGUAGCACUAUUUGCAACACUAUUUUUCAAAACAUUGCACCAUUCUUCAGUUGAUUUGAGUGGAAUGUAAACAACUACUGUUCUGAUAUGACUGAAUUCUCUGGGAACAUAAUAUGGCCAAAGAGCAACUGCCAACAGUUCAAUAUCUGGACAACACAACUUCUCCUUGACAGUUAUACGUGAAGGGUUACACCAUCUCUGGUUGACAAGUAAAGCCAGACCUCCUCCUUUCUUCUUGCCACUAGCUUGAGCAUCUCUGUCUGACCUUAUGAGAGUGAAGCCAGGUAGAUCCACACUGGAGUCUGAGUUGUUUUGAUUCAACACACAUAAAACACAGGAAACUGCACUCACGGUAUGCUUUCUCAGUCUUCACCAAUAUCUCCAGCUCAUCGCUUUUGUUGGGCAGAGAGUUGACGUUUCCCAUGAUGAUUGAUGGAAGAAAGGGUUUAUAUUGCCACCUCCCAGCAUUCAGCUUUGCCUUCACCUUUGCACCAGCACUGCAACCACGAUAACACCUCCUGAUGUUCUCUUGAAUUGUAUGUUGUUGUCCAGAUUUGCUUUUCCUCAAUGAAAGGAGCUCUUCUCUUGAAUGAACUCUUCGCCCAGCAGAAGUAUCCACCAGCAGCCAACAAAAUUACAACAAAAAUAUGAAAAAAAUCUAGCAUAAAUUAAAAAAAUUACAGACAAUACAGAGAGACCAGACUUGCAGCAACCUCUCAGUUCAAGCGCAUCAUUUGAAUGUGUGUGUUAAAAUGUGUGUGUUAAAAGUGUGUAUGGUUGGAAAUUUUGCUAAACUGUUUAUACCAGAGAGACAGAGCAGAUGUCUGCUGCAUCUCUCCGAGUCACUGUGUUGUCGUCUUUGCUCACGAACAGGAAAGCCGGAGUGCAUUCGUUUGGGUGCAUUUCACCAGUGUGUUGUGCGGAGUUUGUUUGCACCAUUUGAUUGGUCAGGUUUGGGUGCGCUCCCUAUAAUCACCAGCAUGUCCAGCAGAGUGCUUCACUGGUGGUGUUGUCAUGGCAGAUGUUGAGGCGGUACUUAGUGGCAGUACCAAGCAAACAGAGGCAGCCCAACCCACCCAACAUGAGGAAUUCCUUUCGAAAAAGGGCGCGAGUCACGACAUCGGUUGUCUGGAGAUUCUUCGACUUGAGAAAAUUCGACAAUAAUCAAAAAACAAUACGAUGCCAAGAGUGUUGCGUGGCCAUCAUUGCUGGAGGUGGAAACACCAGCAACCUCUUCUGCCACCGAAAGAUGAAACACGCCAAGCUCUAUCAUAAGAGCCAAAAGAUGCGUGGCACACCCGCUGCACCAAAAACUAAAGUUGCAACAGCUCCUCUCAUACAAAAGAGCUUGGCAGAGUCUUUCGCCAGAGGUACACUAUAUGAUAAAAAAAAAUCACCGGACUGGUCUGGCAUUUCUUUUGCAUCUGUAUACAAAUUUGAGUUUAAAGAUAAAAUGAAAAUUAACAAAUGCAACAGCAUGGAUAUUUUUAAGCCAAUAAUUGAAUUUACAGGGGGGGAAAACGUAUAGUGUAUACCGUUACCGUGAUAUGAAAUUACUCAUACCGUGAUAUAAGAUUUUGUUCAUACCACCCAACACUAGUUCCAGUUACCUCAGAAGUUGGAUGUUGGAGCUGGGAAUGACGUUACACCUGAGUUGACGGCGUUCCAGUAAACAAGUCGGAAAGCCAAGAUGGACGCCGACUGUUAGCCAUUGUUAGUUGUUGUUUACAAUUGUCGGCUGUCGUCAGCCAUUGUCAGUUGUUGUUAGCAGUUGUCAGCUGUUGUUAGCCGUUGUCAGCUGUUGUUAGCUAUACUAGUUGUGAACAACGCGUAACACAGUAUUUAACUUGUACAAACACCAUAGCACCGUGUUCACAGUUAGACGUUUGGCAGUACAACAUAUACCACUUAUUUAAUUUCACAAAACAAAACAGAAGUGCUAAUAAAUAAUACAUUACGAGAGCUUUCACUGUUACUCUUUACUGUUGAUGCACUGCGCUGCCAUCAUGGAUUAUAAUGUUGACGUCAAGUCAGGGUUGGUGAGGACCGUCUGAGGCUCUCCUCACAUGAGGACGGCUCCCUAUUGUCUUGGCGUCGGCACCAAAACAUGUAUCGCUGUUUACACAUCAUGUUGUACAUAGGCUUAGUGCAUUUACAUGACAAUGCAAAAUCCACGCAAAAUCCUGUAGUACAUACGCCCGGCCUAAAGGUGGCACUGUGAAAUUGCCACAAAGCAGCAAAAACAGAGAAUGCGCAUACAUACAUGCUGUGUGUGUGUGACAACGUGGGUUAGAGGGCGGGGAGGAGGAGGGGUGCUAUGAUGUUACCAUCUUUUCCGGAUUUAUCUAUUUAUACCAACUACGGCAUGAAGACAAAUACCCAGAUAUCCAGCUGCAGACCCGUUUUCAAAAAAAAUGUGGUGUCAUGGACAAAUACGCGUGUACGGUUGGUGUGUCAAUAUCACCAGAUCGAUAGUUUAUUUAACCGGUGUCUUAAAAAUUCAUACUUGUGUAAAGACCACCUGAGUUUUCAAGUCGGAAAUCCGACUUCAGGGAGUGUUCCAGAUGAAUUUCGGACUCUGAUCCUGGAAAUUCCAACUUCCGAGUACAACUGGAAUGCAGCAUAACACCCCUACCAGGCCACAGCCUAGAAUGUCCUGCAGAUUUUGCAGUCCCUGCUAGAAGCUUGGAAGUCUGCCAUUACAUUGUGGGGCAUGUUGGCAGCAACAAGGUGUUUCAUAUUGGUGAAUAUGCACUGUCUGAAGAAGGUUGUUGAUUUCACCUUGAUUUUGAGGUUCCUCAGAGGUGCCCAGACACUUAUAAUACAUGGAAUUGGACCCUCUGUCCCUCCUUUGGACCUGGGGUUGCUCCUUUGAAGCUGGUAGUAGCAUCGACCAGGAAGAUAAAUGAGCCCCAUGCACUUUCAGUUCAUGGUGAUUUCUGCAGGUUUUCACAGGAUGGGUUGAGUGUGGUCCAGUCUUGUGUUCCACCUGUCCCAGUAUGUUGAAUUGCGGUCACUCUCCAGUCGUGAGGAACAUUUGAAAGAUGAAGGGCGCCCGUCUGUUUUGUUCCCAGUCAGGACCUUGCAAGAUCGCACAUAGGCUGUCAUGGAGUUUGAUCAUUUGUUUUGACCAUGGGCAUAUGGGCAGACCCUUGUCCAAGUUGUACCCAGGGCUGCCAGUGUGUCUUGAAGUUAUACCCUCACAGCACCAAGGUUAUAAUGUAACCCUUCAGUUUGAAAGUGUGCCAUGGUACUAACACAAGAUUGAAUUAACUUUUGAGCUGUAUACACACAUCUUGGGCACAUCAUUUAAAUUCAGAUACAAAGAAGGCCUUUGUAGCUACAUUGCCAGACACAAGUGGCCUCUGUUUUAUACUGAUUAAGAUGUUUAAGAAAUAGCAGCAGUACAUAGACAUACACCGGCCAAUUAACUCUGUUUCAUGUGUUUUUCUUCUUUCUGUCUAUGCUGCUGCUGCUGCUGCUACAGGAGCUGAGUGGGAAGCUUAUCAUUGCUCCUGCUCAGAAGUAUCACUCUGGUUCAUACUUGUGUGAGGUCAGCAACAUUGCAGGACUAAGGAAGAGCAGGGCAGCUCGGCUGUCUGUGCUAGGUGAGAACACACACCUAACACUACAGUAGCCCACAAAUAUUAGCUCCAUGUUAUGAAUUCAAUGUCUUCUUUGGUUUCUAUGCAGUCAGGCAAGUAUUAUGUGAUUUGAACAAAGCUCCAUCCAGGUUCUCCACACAGAGUAUUUACUUUUCUUCUCCCCUGCUACAGCCAAACCUGUGCUGGUGCUGAAGCCAGAGAACGUAUCUGUGAGGGAAGGAGAGUCUGCGCAGUUCUACUGCCAAGUGACAGGUGACCCUCCGCCUGCUGUGGUCUGGACACGAGAGCAGGGGUCUUUACCUAACGGCAGGUACAAAAUCAACCCAGAUACUGAAGUAGACUCCUUACAUAAUGUGAACUCAACAGUGGAUUGCACUGUAUGUUUUCUGUUAGUUAAUCUAUGGAUUAAAAACAAAAUGCAUUUCAUCUCUGUAUUGUAACUUGAUCUUAUCUUUCUAUUCAAGAAAUCGGAAUGAAAAAUAAAUUGACUCGACUUUAGAGUUAUUUGGUUUGACAGUCAUGCUCACAGUAGUGGUGGGUGAUAUAGCUUCAACAUGAUAUCACGAUAUUUCGCCAUUCGUGAUAUCAAUAUUUAUGAGGAUAUGGAAAAAAAUACAGAACAACUUAUUAUUAGUGAUUGCUGCUUCUAAACAACAGCAAUUUAUUAUUGGUGUUAAAAGGGGUUAAUUUAAGGUGACCAGGCUUCUGUAAUGAAAUCCGGGGACAUUCGGUGUGGGGGGGGACAACAUCUCGGUAUUAUUUAGUAGCAGCGCACGCCCCUUGUAAUAACCUCCGUAAAAACUGUAGUUCAGGACUGCUUUCUUGUGCUUCCUACCCAUUCGGCUACUGUAAUAUGAUUCCAGAAACACAAGAUGAGAUGUUGAUUUCCUGUGCGAGCACAUGCAAAUAACUGGUGGACUUGUCGGUGAAUGGUGGAUGUAGUCUAGAAGGAGAUUAUCAGGAAGAAUUGAAAUUGUGGGACGCAUCAUCAGUAGUGUUCCUCUGGUUCAUGGGGUGUUUCGGCCCUUUACACUAUACACCCUCCCCAGAGGCGGCCAGCUGUAGGGAGAUCAGACCUCAGCUUGCGUCCCAAGCCCAAUUAGUCAUGAGAGUCACCUGUUGUCUAGCGGCGUACAUCUCAGGGGACUAUGCAUGGCAGGGGCGUCCUGUUCCCUGAGUCAAGCCUAAGCCAACCGCAUACCUCCUAGCACACUACUUGGGGGCCCAACUGGGGUCCUUUCUCUUCAGCCAGAGCCACUGGCUGCUUCUUUCUGCCGCCUCUGAUGCAGCUUUGACGGCUCUGCGCUGGUUCUGGCCCUUAAUUCCAAAGUCCCUCAGUAGUUUUGUGGUGGAUGUUCCCACAAACCCUCUGCACCCAACCUCCACUGGGCGGACUUCCGCGUUCCAGCCACGGUGUUUUGCCUCUGCAGCUAAGUCUGCAUACCGCAGAUGCUUCCGCUCAUAUGCCUCCUCCAUUGAAUCCUCCCAGGGUACGGUGAGUUCAAUUAUGUAAACCUUCUUUACGGAGGGGGACCAGAGCACUAAGUCAGGCCUCAAGGUUGUGGUGGCAAUCUCUGAGGAGAACACCAGCUGUUUGCCGAUAUCUGCCAGCAUCUUCCAGUCCCGUGCAAGGCACAGCUGGCUUCUCUCUGAUGGUAUGGAGUUGCUCCUGGUAGCUGUAGCCCCUUCUCGGACAAAGGCCGUUGCCCAUGGUGUUGUUGAGGACUUAGGUGUUGGCAGAGAUAGGGCGUUGAUGCUGGAUCGUUUUUCCUCCAGCGUGGCAGCAAGGCUCUUCAGGACUUGGUUGUGGCGCCAAGUAUAUCGUCCUUGGGUGAGGCUGGUUUUACACCCGGUGAGUAUGUGCCGAAGGGAGGCUGGCUUGGAGCACAGGACGCACCCUUGUUCUAGCCUACACGCAACAUUUUUGUUCUCAUUCAUGAAACGCUUCAAUAGGGGAUAGCUUUUGGCGGGGACAGGUAAUCCAAAUCGGGGACUGUCCUCGAAAAUCUCUGGUUGACAAAUAAAGCCAGACCUCCUCCUUUCAUCUUGCCACUAGCUUGAGCAUCUCUGUCUGACCUUAUGAGAGUGAAGCCAGGUAGAUCCACACUGGAGUCUGAGUUAUUUUGAUUCAACCAGGUUUCAGUAAAACACAGGAAACUGCACUCACGGUAUGCUUUCUCAGUCUUCACCAAUAUUUCCAGCUCCUCGCUUUUGUUGGGCAGAGAGUUGACGUUGACGAUGAUUGAUGGAAGAAAGGGUUUAUAUAGCCACCUCCAAGCAUUCAGCUUUGCCUUCACAUUUGUACCAGCUCGGCAACCACGAUAUCACCUCCUGAUGUCCUCUGGAACUGUAUGUUGUUGUCCAGAUUUGCUUUUCCUCAAUGAAAGGAGCUCUUCUCUUCAGUAAACUCUUCACCCAGCAGAAGUAUCCAUCAGCAGCCAACAAAAUUACAAAAGAAAUAUGAAAAAAAAAACUAGUAAAAAUUACAGAUAAUACAGAGACCAGACUUGCAGCAACCUCUCAGUUCAAGCGCAUCAUUUGAAUCAUGAAGGGAAACGCUGUUAUCUAGCACAGUGUCUUCCUCAGCAAUGUAAAAAACACUGUUGCCAGCAUUAUGCCAACCACAGCACCAUGAAAGAUGGUAUGAAUGUUAUUUAUUGUUACUCGACAGUUAUUGUAACUAAGGUGAGCAUGCACCUGUUAAGGAAGGCUGCUGAGCAACAAUAACCCAUCAGGCUGGUGCAUCCACAGGCUGGUUACCUGAAAAUGGUAUACCACAGUUCACAGUAUGUCGCCCAGCUUGAGUGCAAGCUUUUGGCUGAGUGUUUCUUACAGCUGACUUUAGAUAAGCUAAAAAGCAAUGUUAAGUGCUUUGUGAAUGUAAAAAAGCAUUGAUAAAAAUGCACGUUUUUUUUUGUUUUGUUUGAGUUCAAGAGAAUCUUGAAUAAAUUAUUGAAUUAAAUUCUAAUAGGACAAGUUUUUAAUUUUUAUUUUGGUUAAAUUCAGUGUUAUAUUUAUUGGUUAAUAAAAAAAUAAUCGUUAGAUUAAUCAAUAAAAAAAUUGUUAGGUGCAGCCCUAGUUGUAAUACAAAAAAUAUUUGUCUUAAUGUAAGUUAUAAACUUGGGAAGUUUCAUGGUGAUAUCGGUUAGUUAAAAAUUUUACCCUGUUCACCUGGGGUGUCUACCCUGGGCCUCCUACCCUUCAUGGACGUCAUCUUGAAAAUCACACCUUUCUAUUGGUCAAACUUUGGUAAACUUUUAGUAUGUUAUUAAGGACAUCUAACACUAUAAAAAAAACCUUUUGUUAGAAUUUUUUGGGGAUCAAGUCAUAUUUGCACAUGACUAAAAAGAAUAGAGCCAGAGGAUCUGAGAGGACCUCCUGGUUUAUUAACUUAAAGCAUCUCUGAGAUGUUGUCUGGUGCAAGGCCACACAUGUCCGUAGAAACAAGUCAAAAGACCUUUAAAAUCAACAUGAAAAGUAACAGGCAAUCAGUGCAAAGACUUCAAAAUAGGAAUUCUGUGUUCUCUCCUUCUGCCAUCACAUUUUAAAUUAGUUGCAGCUGGUUUAUGGUAUUCUUUGGUAGACCAGUCAGGAGAGUGUUACAGUAGUCUAGCCUGCUGGUUAUGAAAGUGUGCAUUUGUCUCUCUGUUCAAGGAUGUCCAGAGUCGACCGCCACGACACCAAAAUAUCAGAGAAACGCUUUGUGGGAGUCUUUUGGGUUCUACACUACAAAGAGCAAAAUAAAACACAAAGGGCUCUAUUUUCGUGUACGCUGGUGAGGCGACGGAGCAUGGCGGAGCCCGGGCAGUUGUAUUUUCGUCUGGCGGAGCCCGGUGUACAGCCAGUUUGGUAUUUUCGUGGACUGAGGCGCACGGAGGCGAGCUGAGAUCCGCCAAGCUGGGCGUGGUGGCGUGGUAGGGGGAGGUGUCGACAGAAUCAGCGGGCGCAGUGACAUUUUCGUGCUCGCCAGUGGUGUGUAAAGUGCGCUGAAAGCUCGCUGAUUCAAACCUGGUCAGCUUUCAGCGCAGGCGGAGCGCAGCUGGUCUAGUAGUAUUUUGGUAGACCGGCGGCGUAUCUGCAUACGUCACUGAUGCCUCACCGGCAGGUGUCCACAGUGUCAGGCACAUUUCAGUGCAAUAAAUAAUCAUCAACAACUAAUAAUCUGAGUCAGCACAUACAUUUAGAUCUAUAUAGAUAUAUUAUGAUCUAUUUGUGAUCUGAUGAGCGCGUUUGGCACACGUUUGGACACACAACCUGACCGAAUCAACACAGCUGAAACCGCAUCAAAUUAAAUUAAAUAUCUAGUAAAUAAACACACAUGAUGAAGUUAACAAGAUAUGUAAUUUGUCUCCCUCCUUUUCUUUCUUCCUCUUCCUCUUAUUUCUAGCACAGCUCGACCUGGACAUGUCUCUGUCUCUCCGUCCUGCAGCGGCUGAACAGAUGAUUUGUUUCAGUGCUCAGAUGAGUUAUCUACUUUAAGCCGACAUACGGAUAUUAUAAUAUUCAGUUUUGUGGGCCAAAUUUAUUUUAUAUGCCAACAUCUAUGAAAGAAAGAGCCAGGCCACGGAGCGUGAUGCGUCAUUUACACACAGAUGGUUCCGAUUUUAAUGCCAUUUUUGGAGUUUAUGUUGUGAUCCGUACGCACAACCCACCUUUGUCACGUGAGGUUUGAAUAUAUGCAACUUUAUGUGAGUGUCUUUAUUUGUGGAAAAGGGUGUUUGUCUUACCAGUGGGUCCAACAUUACACACACCAAAUCCAUCUGUGCUCAUAUGAGAGAGUGUGGAGCACGCCCAUUGCAGCGCUUAAAGUGACACUUGUUGAGGAGCUGCCCUCUGUCGCCAUCGUGUGGCAUUACUGUCUUCAGACAUCUCUUGAUCUCUCUGACUACUUCAUGAAAAUGAUAACACGCCUCGCCGGUGGCGGAUUUAAAGGCAAGGAGAGGAGCUUAUGUGAUUGGUGAAAACAUGUCUCGGCUGUGUUAAAUCCACUCCACGCCCUUUCUCCUCCCUCGCUACGACUUACGCCGCUGGGAGGAGCUGAGUUAGGGAGGGGGGAUACUUACGCCCGGCUGCACCGCUCACCAAAAUACCAAAUUGUGCUUGGGAACGCCUUGUCGGCGCGGCGGACCUGACUUACGCCGCGCCUGCGGCACGUCUCCGGCGAGGCACGAAAAUAGAGCCCAAAGUCUCUAUAACUUUGUACAAACCAGCUGUCUUAUUAUUCAGUGACAGGCUCACCUGAGAGGCAGCAGAGGAUGCAUCUUAGUGGAGUGGGCAGUUUCAGCAGACAACAGAAAAAAGAGAGCUGUACUCAGUCCUCAUGCUGAGGCCCUAAUGUAUCUGAACAUGCAUGAUCUGAUUCAAAGUGGGCAGUUCUGAGCAUGGCUGUAUACAUCUUUACAUCAGCCUAAGGGACAACUUAUUCUGGGGUCUCACUUUCAUGCUCCAUAUGCAAUGAGCAAAAAGCCUGUUUAACUGUAAGAAAGAAUUAGCAGCAGCUAAAAUAACUGAGGAGGAUAGACAGAGAGUCAGAGAAGCGUUUAAAGUGAACUGCAGACUGAAGUCUAAGUUCAAACAAACAACGGACAAUGAGAUUUAUGUUAAUAAGUGCUCGCCUCCUCUAUGAAAAGUCUCUCUCCGUGUCGAGUUGUCCUUUUUUUUGCAAAGCACAGCUUAGCUGUUAUAUACACUACAGGCCAAAAGUUUGGAAGCAAGGCCAUUACAGGCCGAACAGUUGGGAGUAACUUCAAGUUUUUGUUCACAAUGCUUUUUUUUUUUUUAAAUCCAGCACGAAUUUUAUGUAUUUUGGGAUGUAUUUACUCCAUGAUCUGAUGUUGCUGUCAUGGAAAUGCACCAUUUUACUCCAUUUACCUUUAGAUAUACAUUGAUGUUAACAGACCAUUGCUAAAUAUAUGUCAGCAAAAGAUUAAAAGGGCUUAGUUUUAGGGUUGAAAACAUUUGCAAGAGUCACAACUUCAGUGCAAAUGCAAAAAAAACACAGUCCCAAGUAAGAAUAGAAUAUAGAAUAGAAUAGAAUAUUCCUUUAUUGAUUUAUUCCUUUAUUGAUCCCCCAUGGGGGCAAUUUUUUUUGUCACAGCAGUAUCACAGACAAUAGUGCAAAAAUGCAGUUAUAAGAAUAGAGAUUGUUAUAUUAAGAACUUAAAUAAUUGUUAUAAUUAAGAAAAAAUUUAGAAAGGGAAAAAGGGAGAAGAAAAUAAAACUAUAUACAAUAUACACAAUUGAAAUACCAAAAAAAAGUGGUGGUGUGAGUCCAGUUUUAUUGCAGUUUGUUGUAAAGUCUUAUUGCAGAAGGGAGGAAUGACCUGCAGUAGCGCUCCAUCUUGCAAGAUUAAUCACAGUUGGAUUAUUCACUUAAACUUUUUUGCUUUUGAGAGUCUGCAUACAAAAAUCCUAAUAAAUCUCAACUGCGUUCAAACUACCGCAAAAAUGGCUAGAAAGAAGCAACUGAGUAAAGAAACAAAAGUACAGAUUUGUACAUUGAGGAAAGAAGGAUACACAGAAAGAGAAACUGCAAAACGCGUAAAGGUGUUUAACAAUGGAGUCCAUUACACUCUGAAGAGACUAGAGGAACCUGGAAGUUAUGAUGAUAGAAAAAGACCAGGGGCCUCAUGUAUCAACGCUUGCGGCGCAAGAAAACCUUGCGUACGCCAAAAUCGGCGCACACGUCCAGAUUUAUCAUCGAGAAAUGAGCGUCGGUUCCAGCGCUAAUCAACGCAAAGUCAGGAGGUGGUGUAGAAAUUGGCGUUGAGCUGGAUAUUUGCGUUGACUGUGAUUCGCACUUUGGCGACGCUGUGUGGCGGUGUUUGGUGACUCACUAUGUGACAAGCGUGCACCACAUCCCCGUGGCCAGGCAGCACGUCGCCCCACAUGACGAACCAGCAGCAGACGGAGGGAUGCGAGCUGAUCCCUGCCGGGCCGCCGUCCUCGCGCGGGAGAAUCUCAUCGCCACAGUGUGAAUGGGUAAGAAGUGAAUACACAGUUCAAUGAGCCAAAUUAAUUUAUUUUCUCCACCAGACGCUCGAGGAAAUUUACGAGCCGGUCCAGCCGCUCGUUGAUCCCCGCGAUCCCCCUGAUGAUUUCUUCCUGCGAUUGCAGGACCCCCUCCGCGAGACCCUUCCACUGCGUCCGGGUGGUCCAGCGGAAGCGCCGCGGCUGGUGGACGCUCCACCGCUUGUCGGCGCGCUGGUGCUGAUGCUGGUGCUGGGGCCGGGGGCCAGGGUGGCCCGAAUGCCGCUGGUCCUGGCCGACGACUCCGAGCCGGCGGACGGGCUGCCGCGGGCCAGGGUUCCGCAAGCCGGCAACACGGCCGACACAUUAAUUUCUGUGACACAAUAAAAAUAUUAGUUCAUUUCAGUUCCUGCUUCUGUGUAUCUGUUGCGUUUACAUCUCUCUCCACGGUAUCAUAGGUAAUGUAAUCCAGUAUUUCGAGGUCAGUUAUGCACAUUGCAGUUGUUUAUUGCAUAAAAAGUUAUCGAAAAAUGAAGUUAAGGGCGAAGUAUAAAUCACGUCUAAAAAUAGACUGAAUCCCGACGUUGAAAUGAAGUAUAAACUUAGACUAGACGUCUAAUAUACGUCUUUUGCUCAGUGGGAUGACAAAGCAUGUGGACAUUUGUGUGACACGCCACUUACCCUAUAAUAAUAAUCGCCACCACCCGCUGCUCAAACGGUGUGAGGGUCUCCUCCCCCGGACCCCCACCUGUCUGGCCGGUACUCUUCCGGAGGGCAGCUGUACGCCGCUUGACCUCCACCUUGAGGUCCGACCACUUUUUUUUAAUCUCCGCGGGGGUGCGUGUCUCGGAACCCACCGCAUUCACCCUCUCGCAAACUUUCUCCCACUCCAAGCGUUUUUGUUUUGCACUGACGCCACUGGACAGGCUGCCAAACAAAACACGCUGUCGCUCCUCCACCUCCGCCACCAGUACCUCCACCUCGCACGCCGUAAAUGUAGUUUUUCUUGUCAUUUUGUCUGCGUGCGAGGACAGGGAGACCCUAUUUAAAUAAAUUUGCAUAUUUAUAGGAGGGCGUAACGGGGACGGGCCCAGUCACUCCGACAUCUGCGCUCAAUUCCACGCUGAUUGGGAUUUAUCAAGGAAACACACGUGGAUUUCGGCGGCCGCACACAUUGAUACAUACGGAUUUUUUUCAGCGUGACGGACCUUGCGUGCGCUCGUUUCUGGUAUGAGUUCCACGCAAGUGUUGAUACAUGAGGCCCCAGGACAAAAGAGAGUUACUACAAAAGCAGAGGAUAAACAUAGCAUUGUCACCAGUAAGAGAGAUCAGCAAAAGACAGCACCAAAAAUAAGGGAGGAAAUCAACAUGACAAGGUCGAAACCCAUAUCUCUGGCAACCGUGAAAUGACGUUUGAGAAAGGCUGGUCUGAAGGGUUGUGUAUCUGCAAAAAAACACUACUUUGUCCACAGAACAAGAAAAAGAGAUAUGAGUGGGCAAAAGCUCACAAAAAUUGGACUUAUGAUGACUAGAAACAUCUUGGUUCAAAACGCAGAGUCUAUGUCUGCAGACAAACUGGUGAACGUCUGAAAGCACCAUGUGUUACACCCACAAUUCAGUAUGGAAGUGGUAGUUCCAUGGUAUGGGGGUGUUUUGCAGGUGAUGGAGUAGGAGAUUUGUUUGAAGUAAAGGGUAUCAUGAAGAAGGAACAGUACCACUCCAUCUUCCAGCACCAUGCUGUUCCAUCUGGACUCAGACUUGUGGCUCAUAAGUUUGUUUUGCAGCAAGACAGUGACCCUAAGCACUCUGCCAAGCUCUGUCAGGGUUACCAAGACAAAAAAGAAGAGGACGGUGUUCUUCAAAAGAUGGUUUGGCCCCCUCAGUCUCCAGACCUUUCUCCAAUUGAGCUUGUGUGGGAUGAAUUGGAUCGAUCGGUCAGAAAAACGCGUCCCACGAAUCAGCAGUCCCUUUUUAAUGAACUUAAGAAAGCUUGGAAUGCAAUCCCUGGAACAUGCCUUAGAAAACUUGUGGAACGAAUGCCUGGUAUAUGCCAAGCUGUUGUUAAAGCCAGAGGAGGUUACUUUAAAGAAAGCAAAGUUUAAGCAACAAUAACUCAAAUACCUAAUAAUUAUAGUCAAAAUGUCAUCUGAUAAGUUACUCUUCACACAAUAGUCAUGUUUAUUGUUUUGCAAAUUAUAUAUAUGAAACUAUGAUCUUUUUUGUACAAAUCUGAUCUUGCUUCCAAACUUUUGGCCUGUUGUAUAUACGCUGCACUUCACAUGUAGGGGGUAACUUUGUGAUGUUAACUUCAAUACAAUACAAUACAAAACAGUACAAGAACUUUAUUAAUCCCCAAAGGGAAAUUCAUAGUAGUGAGUAACGGUCCAAGAUUUUUUAAAAACUGUAUCUUGCAGGAAUUGUAUCCGACUAUGUUAAGACUAUGGCUAGAGUCUUGGGCACCGUUCUGACUGUUUAUACAUUAGGUGGAAGUUUUACUUCAAACAAAUCUUGAUAAAUAAAACCAACUGGUUUCUGUGUUUUUUCUUUUAAAAUGAGCAGUUUUAAAAAAAUUAUAUGGAUAAGAGGGAAUGUCAUUUUAAGAACUCUUGUUGCUCCAUGUGUCUACAGAUAUCUAAUAAACCCAGACAAGACUCUCCAGAUCCACUAUGUGACCUCUCAGGAUGCUGGGAAGUACACCUGCACUGCUGCUAAUGAUGUGGGCGUGGUCACUGCCAGCGCACAGCUUCUGGUUGAAGGUAAGUUAACAGAGCCUGAAAGUUCACAUAUCAGAAACUGUUUUUGUUGAUGACAUCAUCUCAAUGUAGUGCGAUGUGUUAAGUGGCAGCUUUUCAAUUCCAUCUAAUGAUGACGCAAGGUAGAACCGAAUGCCCACUUGUGUCUUGAUUUUUGGCCUGGAGGUUUGGUGGUUUCUGGUUAUGCCACAAUCCGGCCAUUCAUCCAUUUGACUGUAUAAAAUCGACAUUGGCUAAGUGAGAUCACCCUGUAGUUUCUAAGAAGGGUUCUUUUUUUGCUAAGAUUUUUUACAAAAGUUAUAUUAUAACCCUUUGCAUCAACCGCUAGUGACCCUGUCAAUCAAAGGUUGACAGGAUCUUCAGGUCAGGCGGUAAAUAUCCCAGAAAACAUAUAAUUUAUAAAUAAAUCAAUAAAUAGUUUUAAAAGUAAGGCUUGGGCUACAAAUUUCACUAAAAAAUCCAGUCACUCAAUUUAAAAAAAAAAAAACCUAGACGCAAAUUAUUUACAGCAAACAUAUCAUUCACUUAUAGAACAACUAACGGGCAUAAACUGUAAAUAGCUUCACAUGCUCAGUAAUCUUGAUUCACCAGCAGUAAAACAAUACAGUGACCAAACAAACUGAAUUUGAAUUUUAAAGUAACUAAUGUAAUUCAUCUGAAAGUGUGCUGAGAGACAGCAUGUCAGCACCAGCCUCCUGCUUGACAUCAAAAGGGGAAAAGAGACUCCAGUUAAUAUGAUCGUAGAGGGCUGUGGAGCUGUUUGCACAUUUCUGUGUAUGUUUCAUUUCUUCUUCUCAUGCUCGUGCCAUACAAUAAAACAAAAAUACUUGCUAUGUUAUUGUUCUAAGGUCACUUUCACACCUGACCAAGCGGACUCGGUUUGAUUGGGGAGCUGAAAGUCGCAACAUUGUUGCAUUUAUCACUUGUUUCAGUUCUGCUUUCACACUGUGAUUUCUAAAGCGCACCAAACUUUCCGAGCAGCAUCACGUGGUUGAAAGGAGCGCUCGUCGAUUGGACAAAGUAGGAGGGGUAUGUAACCUCACAGAUUACAAACAGGGGUGGACUAGCCAUCUUGUAUUGUGCUUCGUCACAUUAUUUUAUGGAAUGCUACAACGUUAGUGAACGCAACUGUUCCUAUAAUGCUAUGGUAGCUUGUCAGGGAUUGAUCCUGUUGUUUUUCUAACUUUGAAGAUCUAACAUGUGACAACAUAUGAGCUUGGAGUUUUAGGACUUUAAGUUUAAGGACUCAGUUGCAAGCGAACCAAGACCCACGUUUUCAGGCGGACCAGAGUUGCUUGUUUGGUCUGCACCAGAGUUCGGAUGAGCUUUCACAUCUCCCCAAAUGAAGCAGACUAUCCAAGGAAACGAACUCUGGUCUGUUUGAAGCGGACCAAACAGCUCUGGUGUGAAAGUGACCUAAAUAUGUAAUAGUUUUACUUCCACAUAACCCUCUAGCUGAGUGCUCAUCUGUUUGCUCGUGCGGCAGUUAACGUUUUACUGUUGUUCUAGGACAAAGAUCAAAGUUUUGGCUAACUUUCCUGUCAUUCUUCAAAAGUCAGAGAAAUGUUUUUCCAGCAGUUUUUGUUUGUUUUCCAAACUUUUCAGCCUGAUAGCUCUCAGAUCACACUGUUUUCACAAUGCAGUAGUGUGUCCAGACUUUCACACUGGGGUUGCACAGCUGAAGUGAUGACAUACGGUGGUGUGAAAAAGGGUUUUAAAAAAAAAUUCCAAACCUACUUGGCCCUGUGUGAAAAAGUGAUUGCCCCCUAAACCAAAUAACUGGUUGGGCCGGCCUUAGCAGCAACAACUGCAAUCAAGCAUUUGCAAAAAUUUGAAAUUAGUCUCUUACAGCGCUGUGGAGAAAUUUUAGCUCACUCAUUUUUGCAGAAUUGUUGUGAUUCAGCCACAGUGGAGGGUUUUCGAGCAUGAACCCCCUUUAUAAGGUAAUGCCACAGCAUCUCAAUAGAAUCCAGGUCAGGACUUUGAAUGAGGCCACUCCAAAGUCUUCGUUUUGUUUUUCUUAAGCCAUUCAGAGGUGGACUUGCUGGUGUGUUUUGGAUCAUUUUCCUGCUGCAGAACCCAAGUUCAUUUCAGCUUAAGGUCAUGAACAGAUGGACGGACAUUCUUCUUCAGGAUUUUUUUGGAGAAAGCAGAAUUCAUGGUUCCAUUUAUCACAGCAAGUCUUCCAGGUCCUGAAGCAGCAAAACAGCCCCAGACCAUCACACACUACCACCAUAUUUUACUGUUGGUAUGAUGUUCUUUUUCUAAAAUGUGGUGUUAUGUAAUGGGACACACACCUUCUAAAACGUUCAACUUUUGUCUCAUCAGACCACCACAGAGUAUUUUCCCAAAGGUCUUGGGGAUCAUCAAGAUGUUUUCUGGCAAAAUUGAGACAAGCCUUAAUGUUCCUCUUGUUCAGCAGUGCUUUUCGUCUUGGAACUCUGUCAUGCAGGCUGUUUUUGCCCAGUGUCUUUCUCAUGGGGAGUUAUGAACACUGACCUUAACUGAGGCAAGUGAGGCCUGCAGUUCUUUAGAUGUUGUCAUAGGGUCUUUUGUGACCUCUUGAAUAAGUCAUCGCUGCUUUCUUGGGGUAAAUUUGGUUUGAUGGCCACUACUGGGAAGGUUCACCACUGUUCCAAGUUUUCACCAUUUGUGGAUAAUGGCUCUCACUGUGGUUCGCUGGAGUCCCAAAGCUUUAGAAAUGGCUUUAUGACUUUUUCCAGACUGAUAGAUCUCAAUUAUUUUCUUUCUCAUUUGUUCCUGAAUUUCUUUAGAUCUCUGCAUGAUGUGUAGCUUUUGAUGAUCUUUUGGUAUACUUCACGUUGUCAGGCAGGUCCUAUUUAAGUGAUUUUUUGAUUGAGAAUAGGUGUGGCAGUAAUCAGGCCUGGGUGUGGCUAGAGAAAUGAAACUGUGGUAAACCACAGUUAUGUUUCAACAGGGGGGCAAUCGCUUUUUUACACAGGGCCAUAUAGGUUUGGAUUUCUUUCUCCCUUAAUGUUAGAAUUUUCAUUUAAAAACUGCAUUUUGUGUUCACAUGUGUUGUCCUUGACUGUUUAAAUUUGUUUGAUGAUCUGAAACAUUCAAGUGUGACAAACAUGCAAAAAUAUAAAAAAUCAGGAAGGGGGCAAACAACUUUUCACACCACUGUAGGUGGGGGUAACCAGGGAAUGUGUGCAGACCAUCCAAAUUUCCCCUCUGUUUUCACUAUCUACCCUAACAACUACAAUUGAGGUGGUGUACUGUUAUUAAACUUGCGUCUAAUUUUGGUAUAAAACUGUAUAAUGAGUAAAUGUGCAUCAGGCAAUCUGGAGAAGUCAGUUUGUUCUUUUAGGUCAAGUCAAAUGACAAAGUUAUAUCAGGGAAAUGUGCAUUGUCUUAACAGUAAACAGAAUACUCAACUACCUUAUCACCAUGACAAAGGCAGUUCAAAGUAACAUUCUAUGGAAUCUUUUAUAAUAAACAAGUAUAUAAUUAAACAAAACUUGUGUUCUCAGAGGCUGCAAGUACUGUCCAGAAAGACCUCCACAAAGAGCUGUCAGCCCUGAGAGUUGCUCUGGAAAACGUCACCAUCAUGGCCUCUGGGUCCAAUGUAUCUCUGGUGCAAUGGAAGGUAUUGAAAAGCUUGUUCAAAGAGUUGAUGAGGCGGCACAAAUGUAUUUCUCAUAUGUGUGAUCCAUGUGGUGUUUUCACUCUGACCAGCUGCAGUCCCUCCCAGCUCAAACCCAUUACCUCAAUGGCUUUGAGGUUCUUUAUCGCAGCCUGCUGCCUGCCAGCUCUGACUGGGCUGCAAAGAAGGUGACUCUGCCUAGCUUCCAGACUCAGGUUGGCCCUUUAAAGAGAGGCUUCAAGUAUGAGUUCAAAGUGCGUCCUUAUGGCAGCAACUUGUAUGGUAGGGAGAGCAACACUCAGCACCUCAGAGUACCUGAAACAGGUAAGAUUUAAGGCACUUUAUUUCUAGUCUUUUGAUUGUAUUUUAAUCACUUUGAACUUAGAUUUUUGGUCCAUAACAGUUAAAAGUAAAAUGAAUCCUCCUUGUACAGUCCCCAGCUCCUCUCCACUUGAAGUCUCCAUCACAGUGAGCCAUGAGCAGAACAACACGGUCCAUCUGAGCUGGGAGCCUCCUCCUCAUGACACCCACAAUGGUAUCAUACAAGGAUACCAGGUAAGAGCUUUUCAGACUCACAUACCUCAGCUUUUAUGUGUGUCAAAUAGAUACUACUUUUGAGGUUUGAGAGGGGCUGAGCCUACACGCCAAAUACUAUGGGCUCUAUUUUCAUGUACGCCGGUGAAGUGGCGGAGGGUGGCGGACCCCGCACAGUUGUAUUUUUUUGUCUGGCGGAGCCCGGCGUACAGCCAGUUUGGUACUUUCGUGGACUAAGGCGCACGGAGGCGAACCAAGAUCCGCCAAGCUGGACGUGGUGGUGUGGCAGGGGGAGGUGUCGACAGAUCAGCGGGCGCAGUGACAUUUUCGUGCUCGCCAGUGGCAUGUAAAGUGCGCUGAAAGCUCGCCGAUUCAAAACCUGGGGCUCUAUUUUCGUGCCUCGUCGGAGGCAGGUACGGCGUAAGUCAGGUCCGCCGCGCCAACAAGGCGUUUCCGCCGCUGGGAGGAGCUGAGUUAGGGAGGGGGGAUACUUACCCCGGGCUGCCCGGCUCACCGAAAUACCAAAUUGUGCUUGGGAACGCCCUGUCAGCGCAGCGGACCUGACUUACGCUGCGCCUGCGGCACGUCUCCGGCGAGGCAUGAAAAUAGAGCCCUGUGUCCUGCUGCUUCAUCAUCGCAUGUGUUGAACAAGUUAUGACACUUUUCACAUUUAGAUAUUCUAAAGAAAAGAAAUUAAUGCUUCCAAAGUUUUUCAAGCUGCUUUUUCAAACACAGACACAGUAUGAACUGUUAUGAACGCAAAAAUCAUUACAAAAGACGUGAUAUUAAGUGAUAUUGGAAAUGACCGUUUCCCACUAUAAACAGGGUUAUCAGUCAGGUCAUAUACUGUAUAUUUAAAAGCAAAAACACGACUUUAGACUACAACAUGGAGAUCAAGUGCUUUUCAUCUUUGAAUUGAUGUAAGUGGGCAGAUCAACUUUAAAACAGUUUCUGUAGAUGGGCUGGUUUUUGUCAAUAGGAUGAGUGUCAGUUCAUUAUGAUGUGAUUGGCUCAUAUGUUGGCGUCAUGUCUGCCUCAGCAUGUUUCUGAGUGGAGAAAUAAGACCAGCAAGUUAUAGUUUGUAGACUUGUGUUCCCAGUACCCUCUCCCUUAGACUGUGAAUAUAGAGAGCUGCUGCACCUCUGAACUCUGAAGGUAUCUGAUGAGGCAUGAAUAACCCUUGAUUUUUUUGUAACCUGGUUUUUCAGGUGUGGUGUGUGGAGUCUGAGGAGCAGCUCUCCAAGAAUUGGACUGUGGAUAGUGGCCAUCAAAACCUUGACAUCUCUGCACUCAAGCCAGGAAGACGAUACUGGAUUACCAUAGCAGCCAUCAAUGGAGCUGGAGUGGGAGCUCUGAGUGACCCUCGUGGAUUUGUCAUCAGUGGGUGUGAUGUUUCUGUUUAAGAAUAGUGCAGGGAUAAAAUGAGGAGGAAGCUUUAUGACUUUUUUUUAUCUACUCCCUUUUUUAACCAUAAUUCACCCCCACAAAAGGACAGACACUGUCUUUGUAAAAGGCCAGAAAACUAAACAAGCAAAUCAAAUAUACAGUUUAGGCCAAAAUUAUUAGCCCCCCCUAUGAAAUUUUAAUUAUUUUCCAAAAUUUCUUAAGUGCUGUUCAACAGAUUAAUUAUUUUUUUUCACAGCUUUUCCAAACAUCCUAGUUUUAUUUUGGAUCCUUACAUUAUUGAACUUUGCACACAGAAACAAAAUUAUUUCACAAAAAACAAAAACCAGAGACUUCCGGUUAUGGCGGCUUGCUGAGUAGAAGCGUGUAAGACUGCUCUGCUACCAAACAGUUUAAAUCCUUGCUAAAAUAAGCUAUUUUUGUGCGUCAUUCAGUCCAACUACAACACCGGAGUUUAAGAAAAUACCGAUGAAUUAAAGAAAAUCAAAUCGUAGCAAGACACAACAAAUCAAAGUAACUAAUUUUGCAACUCCGACCGCCAAAGCGAAGUCCAUUGCGAACAGGGAAGCCAUGGAAGAUGGCACUGGUGCUAGCAACGUUAGCAGCGCUAGCCCGGACCAACAGUCAGAGAGAAACAGUACUACUGCCAGGGAAGAGUCCGGUACCUCUUUGACAACAAUACUGACAGCUGUUAACACCAUGAGGACUGACUUCUCAUCCAAAUUUGAUGGCAUCUUCACCGCGAUUGAAAAUGUAAGGAGGGACAUCACAGAUUGCUCAGAAAGAAUUACGCAGGCGGAGACCAGAAUCUCAACAGCAGAAGAUGAUGUGACUGCACUCCAGAGGAAGCUCGUUCACGUCGCUCCAAUAUACGUUUUGUUAAUCUACCCGAAGGCGCGGAAGGUGAGGACACCUGUGGAUUCUUGGAGAGCUGGAUACCAGAGGCGCUGGAACUACAGCCGCUCCAGGGGAAAUUUACAGUGGAAAGAGCACACAGGCUUGGACCAAGAAGACAACAUAAGACCGACUCCACGUCUAGAACCCUCAUAAUGAAAUUUCUGAAUUACAAAGACAAAGAAGAAGUGAUGAGAGCGGCCAGGGCGAAAAAACAAGUCCUCUACAAAAAUCACCCGGUGAGAUUCUACCAAGACUUGACCGCAAAGAUUCACAAGAAAUUGAAAGAGUUCGAGGAGGCCAGGCGACAACUCCGUUCACUGGGGCUCCGGUAUGGUAUGAUCCCUCCUGCCCGGCUUAUUGUUACUUACAAAGAGCGCUCACAUAUCUUCAACAGCGCCGACGAAGCCGAGCGCUUCAUUAAGAAGAUCCAGUCAGAUAAUCAUCCAGACUGAGGUACUGAAGAUCACGCGAAGACCGUAGGAAAUGUUAUCCAUAACUGCUGAUUGAACACUUUUCUGAUAUUUUGAUGCAAUGUAGAGACAGGAGUGCGGGGCAGAGUAAAUGUGAGUUUAUACACGAAGUUCUGUGUGCCCCCCUCCUGAUCUAUUGAUAAAGGACAUUUUCUGAUAUAGGUACUGUUUGAUUAAGUAAAUAUGGAUACGUUUCAUUUGCUGGGUUACUUUCAAAAAAUUUGCAAACCACAGUAGCAGAGUGGUUGCGCUCAUUUUGUUGUUUUUUGUUUUGUAUUUGACAUUGGCAUAGCUAUACUGAUCCUCACGCGGUGCGGACCAGCUUUUUGCUUUCGGAAGUCCAAUAUACGAAGGGGAGGGGGGACACCUGACGGGUUAACACUCAGGUGGAUUGAUGUUAGUUGAGGGAGAUAUGUUCUCUUUUUGUUCCUUUAUUUUUCUUUCUUAGCUCUUUGUGACAAUACUUAAAUUGUUGGGAAAAUUCAAAACAAUCGGCUCAUAUGUCUGUUGAUCUUAAGGUUAGAAUUACAUCCUGGAACUGCAGAGGGCUACAAAAAACAAAACAGGUCAAGCAAGUUAUGAACAGGAUUAAAAUUUUACAGUCUAAAAUAGUAUUCCUUCAAGAAACCCAUCUAACACAUGAAGACGAGCGUAAAGUGAGGAGGAGAUGGAAGGGUAAAAUUCUAUCAGCUCCUUUUACUACUCAAGCAAGAGGUGUCAUGAUCUUGAUCCACGACUCUAUUCCUUAACAAAUUCAUAAAGUUAUUAAAGAUAAAGCAGGACGAUAUUUGAUUAUUCAAGGUACAAUCCUUAGGGAUCAACUAAUUCUAACAAAUGUCUAUGCUCCAAAUACAGAUGAACCCAAAUUCUUCCAAAACCUAUUCCUUACUAUUUCCUCUCUACCUGGUGCUUGUAUAAUGGCCGGUGAUUUUAAUUGCACCUUAGAUCCCCAGAAAGACAAAAGUUCAGGUGUCGAUCAGUCACAUUCAGGCAGGGGUGUAAUUCACCAUUUUAUGAAAGAAAUGAGCCUAGUUGAUGUUUGGAGGGAAGAUAAUCCUAAUGGGAAAAAAUUUUCAUGCUUCUCUGGCACACACCAGUCAUAUUCCCGCAUUGAUUUCCUUUUGGUUUCAGCACAACUAAAAUAUAAAAUAAAGGAGGUGUCCUAUGAUGCCAUACUCCUAUCAGAUCACGCCCCAAACUCUUUAAUCUAUCACGACCCUAAACUAACUAGUGAUAUUCCCAAAUGGAGAUUUAAAACAAAAUGGCUGGCUGAUACUGACUUUGUUACUUCUCUAGACGAAAAGAUUAAAUAUUAUUUUGAAACAAAUACAACAGAAACCUCACGAAGUACCAGAUGGGAAGCGUUUAAGGCCCUCAUCAGGGGACAAAUAAUUAGCAUUACUAGCUUCAAAGCUAAAGAAACCUACAAAAAAACAAAAUCAUUCGAAAGAAAAAUAAUGAAAUUAGAAGAAGAAUACUAUCUAGUUCUCAAGAUGUCCAUCAAAGAUUACUCUUGCUAAGAACACAAUACAACGAUAUCUACAGCAAGAGCUUUAUCGAGUUUACUACGACUAAAACAAACAUUCUAUGACCAAGGGGAAAAGCCUGGCAGAGUGCUAGCAUGGUGCAUCAAACAACUUCAAAAUAAAAGAUGUACAUAGUCCAUUCGAUUGAAAUAAAUGAAUAUUUUAAAAGAUUUUAUGAAAAACUAUAUAGCUUGGAAAUAGGUCCAAAUGCAUCUGAAAUGAAUAACUUUCUGGACAAAAUCCAAAUUCAGGAGUAAUUAAGAGAGAACUAGAAAAAGAUGUAACAUUAAUGGAACUAUCUACGCCUAUUGACAGUAUCAAAGGAGGGAAAACCGCGGGGCCAGAUGGUAUACCCAUUGAGAUUUAUAAAAUGUUCAAGCAUAAGCUCAUGCCUGCAUUACUAGAAAUGUAUAAGGAAUCCUUUCACAAUGGACUCCUUCCAACAUCAUUAAGGGGAGCACUAAUCACUUUGCUGACAAAACCAGGUAAAUCAAACAACAAAUGUGAAAAUUUUAGACCAAUUAGUCUUUUAAAUGUGGAUUUAAAAAUUUUGAGUAAAAUAUUAGCAAGGAGACUUGAGAAAGUAAUCCCAAAUAUUAUUGACAAGGAUCAAAAUGGCUUUGUACAAGGUAGACAAGGCUUCCAUAAUGUUAGGCGAAUUCUAAAUAUAUUAUUUAAGGAGAAGGGAGCAACAGAUACAGCAUUACUGUCAUUGGACGCUAAAAAAGCCUUUGACAGGGUCGAAUGGCUUUAUUUAUUUGAAGUCCUCGGACGUUUUGGCUUUGGAGAAAAUUUUAAUAACUGGAUAAAACUACUAUAUACAGAACCAUAUGCGGAAAUCAUGACUAACCAUAAUAUAUCCAAAACCUUUCAGAUACAAAGAGGAUGUAGACAAGGAAAUCCUCUAUCCCCUCUCCUUUUCAUUAUGGCUAUAGAACCACUGGCAAUAGCAGUAAGAACCCACCAACAUAUAACAGGCAUAUCAAUUGGACAACAGGAACAUUGUUUAGCUCUAUUUGCAGAUGAUGUAAUCAUAUUCCUUAAGAAGAUAGAAAAAUCCAUUCCUGAAUUAUUAGAACUCCUUAAGGUAGUUGGAAAAAUCUCAGGAUACAAACUGAACAAAUCAAAAUCGUCAAUAAUGUUCCUAAAUCAGUUAGAAAGCAAAAGCCCUCCAAAAACAGCCACUCAGUUUAAAAUUGUAGAUUGCUUUACAUAUCUAGGCAUUCAGAUUGUUCCACAACUUAAACACAUUGUAGCCAGUAAUUAUGAGCCAUUAUUGCAAGAAAUUACAAAAUUAUUGGACAGAUGGACACCCAUACCUAUGUCACUAAUAGGAAAAAUAAAUGUCCUUAAAAUGAAUAUAAUGCCCAAAUUGUUAUAUUUGUUUCAAAACCUUCCACUUCCUCCUCCAACAAACCUGUUCACUCAGCUUAAGAGACUAUUUGUUAGAUUCUUGUGGAAUAAUAGACGUCCCCGGACACGAUUGUCUCUACUGUACUUGCCUUAUGACAGAGGGGGACUUAAAUGUCCCUGUCCUCUCUGGUACUACUGGGCGGCUCAAUUAAGAACAAUAUUGUUUUACUUUGCAGAAAGAGAAGUUCCUCUCUGGAAAGGAAUGGAAGAACUACAGCUAAAUCUGCCCCUCCCAGUAUAUCUAUACUCGGCCAGCACUAAAAUCCUCAAAAAGAACACAAAAAAUCCUAUUGUGAGGAAUAUGAUUGUGGUGUGGCAUCAAGUUAAAAAAUAUCUGAGAGAAACACCCCCCCUCUCUUUCUUCAGCCCAAUUUGGGGUAAUUACUACUUUCCUCCAGGUAAAACUGACGGGGGGUUUAAAUCUUGGGCUUCUAAAGGACUGGGGAAAAUAGGAGACCUUUAUAAUGCACAAAAAGUGCUGAUGUCAUUUGGAGAAAUAUCUGAUAAAUUUAAAAUACCCCGUAAACAUUUUUUUAAAUACCUACAAUUGAGAAACUUCAUUAGAACACACCAAAAUCAAACAUUAUGCAUCCCUGAAUGGUCUACUGUAGAAAAAUUAAUGAAUAUGGAUUGCUUAGGGAGGGGUUUAAUAUCCAAAAUUUAUAAAUGCCUUGUAGAUGGAAGUACAGAAUCAUCAGCAGGACGGUUGGGGGCUUGGAGAGAAGAUCUACAGGAGGACAUUUCAAUAGAAAAGUGGAGAGAGGCAUGAUCCCAAGCACAAUCAAGAACAACUAACACCCGUCUGAAAUUACUACAAUACAACUGGCUGAUGCAAUCAUAUAUCACGCCAGAAAAAACUUCAUAAAUAUAACAGCGCCAUACCUCAUAUUUGUGUCAAAUGUGAAAAGGAAAAAGGUACAUUUUUCCAUUGUAUCUGGCAAUGUACAAAAAUACAAAAAUUCUGGCGAGAAAUAGGACAAUGUAUUCAAAUUAUCUUACAGAUUCAAAUACCCUUAAUUCCACAUUUGUUUAUAUUGGGUCUAUAUCCAGAUAAUUUGAAGAAACACCAAUGAAUAUUUGUAGACUUAAGUGUAUUAAUGGCAAAGAGAGUAAUAGCCCUCUCAUGGAAAAACACUAGUAGUCCAAGUGUAAAGAGAUGGUUGAUUGAAAUGUCUUCAACUCUUCCUUUAGAGACAAUUACAUAUGCAAUGAAACACCAGCAACAUAAUUUUCACCUGAUCUGGGAUCCAUUUAUUGAUUAUGUACUGAGGACAGAUUUAUCUCAAGUAAUGGAAGAGCCUGGGGACAUGUAAAUGGCAGCGCUUUGCAGUACUUAAUAUUAGAGAAUUAUGUCUGUUACUGUUAUUUAUUUAUUUUUUUCAUAUAUAUAAUGUACUCGCUAACCUGAUUCCCGACCAACAGUUAGAAUACUUGUAAGGGCUAGGGAUGGGGUGUUGACAUGUUUGGUUAAGACAUGUAAAUGUAUGUUUUGUAUUUCUUGGUUAAUUGUGAAAACAAUAAAAAGAAUGUUGGCAAAAAAAACUAAAACCACCAGGGUCAAAAUUAUUAGCCCCCUGAAGAAUUGACGUUUUUAUUGAGCCAAAACAAAAACCACUGUUGUGCAAUCAUGUGCUUUCACUAUCGAGUGCUCACAGCUUGAAAUCAAUCAGUCAAUUAAGUGAAAACAAAGGGUUGUCCUACACUUUACACACAGUAUAAAAACCUUGUUACGCAUUUGAGCUGUCACUUGAGAAGGCAUCAUGGCAAAAACAAAAGAAUUCAGUUUAGACUUGAAAAAAAGAAUUGUUGAUGCUCACAAAGCAGGAGAAGGAUAUUAAAAGAUAACACAGCGUUUCCAAGUGUCAAGAGGUGGAGUGAGAAGUAUCAUCAAAAAAUUCAAGGAGAGCCACACAGUACAGAACAAGUCUGGGAGAGGUAGGAAGAGAAAAUUUCAAAGAGACUGGAAAGAAAACUGUUGGGAGAUGUGUCUAAACAACCUAGAACAACUACCAAAACAGGAGUUGCUGACUUAGCCAAGUCAGGAAUUAUGGUGUCAAACAAGACAGUCUCUAGAGCCCUAAACAGAAAUGGACUGUGAGGAUGCAGGCCAAGAAAAACUCCACCUUUACAAAAAAAGACACCUUCAAGCCAGACUGAGGUAUGCUAAGGACAAUCUUGAGAAAGAUUGUUCGAACUGGAGACAUGUUCUUUGGUCAGAUGAGACCAAACUAGAGCUCUUUGGUCACAGAGACAUUGCUUAUGUUUGGAGAAAGAAGGGAGAGGCGUAUAACCCCAAGAAAUCUGUCCCCACAGUUAAACAGGGUGGUGGGAGUAUCAUGCUGUGGGGAUGUUUCAGUGCAUCUGGAACAUUCAUUGAAGGAAUAAUUAAGAAAGAAGGAUAUGUGAAGAUUUUGAAAGGAAACCACAAGCAGUCAGCAGCAAAACUGGGUCUGGGUCGUCGCUUUGUCUUCUAACAUGACAACGACCCAAAACAUACAGCGCUCCUGGUGAGGAGCUGCCUCCAGGAAACCAAAGCGAACGUUAUUGACCGGCCUGCACAAAGCCCUGACUUAAAUCCUAUUGAAAGUCUGAAGACCAGGGUCCACGCUAGAAGACCAUCAGAUCUGGAGGAGCUUGAAAGAUCUGCCAAAGAGGAAUGGGCUGGGAUUCCACAGGAGAUGUGCCAGAGCCUCGUUACAAACUACAGCAAACGACUGCAUGCUGUUAUCCAGCAAAAAGGACACACUAUUGACUAUUAGCCUGAAGGGGGUUAACAUUUUUGACCCUGGUAGUUUUUGGUUUUUGUGAAAUAAUUUUGUUUGUGUGUGCAAAGUAAAAUAAUGUAAGGAUCAAAAAUAAAACUAGGAUGUUUGAAAAAGCUGUGUAAAAAAAUUAUUAAUCUGUUGAACAGCACUUAGGAAAUUUAGGAAAAAACUUAAAAUUUCAUAGGGGGGCUAAUAAUUUUGGCCUCAAGUGUAUGUAAGUAAGUAUAUUUGUUCAGAUUCAGUGUGCAUCACACCUUCAAACAGUCAAGCUGAUUUCUUACAGUUUGUAUCAAUUGCGUGGAUAAAAUAGGCUGAUUACGGAAAAAAGAUUGCACAUACAAUCCCAAUCCUAAAAAAAAUUGAGGUACCAUGUUGUGUUAAGAAAACAAUCCCAGAGGCUUAUGGUUUUUAAAUCAUUGUAAGUCUUUAUUCGAUUUAUAAUUUGAAAUGUUUUAUUGAAGGUUAAAAGAGUCAUUUAAAUGAGCUUAUUUUUCCUUAUCACUGGUCCUUUGUAUUUUGUAUACAAGCUGACAUGAGUGAAGUACUGCUAAACUUAGCCAACAAUUCUUAAGUAAAACAGACUAAUAGACCCACAUGAAAGAGAAUUUUGUUAAGUCACAUUCUGACAAAAAUAAAGUCAUAGUGAACUCAUUUUUCAACACAAAAAAGACUUGUUAAGAUUAUAUUACGAUGCUAAUGCAAAUAAAGUCCUCAUAUUACAAGAUAAAAGGCAUAUUGUGGUCAGAAAACAAGUGGUGAUGAAGUGAUCGUAUUGCAAUAUAAAGGAAACCAGCAUCUACAAUUUGUUAUCAGGUGAAGUUGAAUUUGGAACACUUGGUUACCGUCUUUUGUCCUUUGUUUAGUUUAUCUUUGGCAUGUGAGCGUCAAAUCUUUCAUGGUCUUGAUCUUUCUUGAUGUUUGAAUGCAUUUAAAGCCCAGCAGACCCACACAGUCAGUCCAUUUCUGCCUCCUAGACCCUUUUUUGACCUACUUUCUUUUUUCCCUUCAGACCCACAAAUAAGCAGCUCUCUUCCUGAUUCAGAAAGCAAAACUCAGGGUCUGUCUCAGGUCCUGGCCCUGCUUCAAGACCCUGUGUUGAUUGGUAGUGUUGGCGCCCUCCUGUGGUGUGGUUUGAUGGUUGCAGCUGUCUGCCUGUGCAGGCGCCGCCACAGGACAGGCCACCUGAUUCCCAGACAUGGCAGGGCUAAAGGUGAGAAAGGAUGGCUGCACUUUAUACCUCAUUUGAAGGUUCUCUGAAAUAAAUCUCAGUUAGACCAUGAAGAUGAAGAGUUUCUAAUAAAACAAUGUCAAUAAAGGACGAUGUAUGUGAUACAUUUAAUGAUGUUUUUCUCUUAGGUCUGCAGAGAUUAGCUGGUGAAGAUCUUAUCAUCAAACACAGGUACAGCAGAGAGAAACCCAGCCCGAUGAUACCAGCUUUAACUAAGCUGCACUGACAACAAAAAAAAGUUAUUACUGUUAUAUUCUAUCCAUAACUAUUUGGACAUAAUCAAAUGCAUAUAUUUUCCCCUUGAUGGACAGGCUAUGAUCAAAUGCACUUAUUAGAACUUUUGUUUUUGAGCUGAGUAUUGUUUAAUGUCAUUUUUUGCUCUCUAUUAACUCUAUUUGUUUAUUUGUUUUCCCCUCUUUUAUUUGUUCCUUGUAAUACGAUAUUGUACUAUACACUUAACAUCCCUUAAUAUUGCUGUGUUUAUUAAAGAUUUUUAUAUAUUUUGAGCCUUUGCGUCAUGAAGAACAGAGUACAGACAUUAGCUGCAUUUACAUGGGCACAAAUCAUCAUAAAGGCCCAAUCGAAAUAAAAAUGUAAACAUUUCAGUCGGAUUCAGUCAGAUUUAGACCCGAUUUGGCUCAAUUGGAAAGAAAUUGUAUUCUGAUCAAGAGGAGUGGUUUAUACCGAUCAUUAUUCCGAACCGCGUCCACACAAACACUUAUUCUGAUUGUGAGUUUAUUCUGAGUGGGGGGAAAAAUCCCGAACCAGAUGAAGUAAGCCACGAUUGCAUUUGUUGGUUUGUUGACUGCAUAGGCGGAAUAACAACUUUUCUUCUGCGGUUGUUGCAGCCAAAUCAGACAAGUUUGUGCAUGUCCAAAUGCCUCUAAUCUGAGUGAAGCUUGGUGCAUGUAUACACACUUCAUGAUUGGAUUAUUUGAUUUUGCACUCAUAUAAACACAGGAUUUAGAUUUCCCGAUCCCUCAAAUUUUUUAUCGGAUCAAGAAAUUUUGCACACAUAAACAUGACUAUUGAGCAAUAGUUUUUAGUAUUCUUUUUUAAAGUACCGUGUGCGGACUUCCCUUCAGGAUGGUGGCUCCAGACUCCCCUUGGAUCUCUGGAGGCUGGAGACCUGCCUUCAACCAGAAGUACCAGGACCUGUGGGCCCAGGGUCAUAAACAUCCAGGCAUCAGAAGCACCAGUGAGUACUGAUCCCAUAUCAGCGCAGAAGAGGGUUGGUAAAAUGAGAGGGUCAUUUUAGAGGGUCAGUCUAAACAUAGUGUUAGACUUUGACCCGGCCGAUGGACCUUGUCAGGUGUAACUGACAAAUUUUCAGUCAAAGAAUCUUAUUACUCUUUUUAGAGGCCAAAUUCUCCCGACAGGCCAUGAUACAAAGUGACACUCUUGUCUUUGCUGGUUUUAUCCAGUGUGUGUAGGAGAAGAAAAGCCUCUCCUGCGUUUUUUUAGCUGUCAAACAUUUUGCUCACUGUAAAUCUCUGCUGUGAAAAGGUCACCUAAAUUAGUGUCUGCAGCCUGCUGUAAAUCUUCUAUUUCAACAUGUUGAUGGCAGCUGUAUGUUAAAACAUGAGCAUGUCAAAAAUAAAUAUAUUUGAACAGUAAAUCUAGUCACAUAGAAGCAACAGUAUUAACUUCAGUCUUCUUCAAAACUGGUUCAAAACUGCUCUCAGGGGCUUUAAUAUUACUCCAAAUCACAUUUAAUACCUUUACUCCAUGUCCUGCGUAUUAUUUAUUGUUUUAGUUCAUUGUCGUGUGUAUGUUUCUGGAAAUAUAUAUAUCUUUUGUACAACCUGCUCAGAGGCAUUUGUCACCUGUGAGUGACAAAUCUAAAAAAGAGAUAAACUGUUAUCCUCUGUGUUUCAUGAGGUCUCCCAGUCUCAUCAAAAAAAGACUCCAGCUGUUUGGACUCCACCAUCCCCAUUGUGACCGACAGUUGUGGCGUAUAUGGGACGUUUUACGUGGACCUGACUGGAAACAGCCUCAAAACUUUCAACAGUCCAAAGCGCUGCCCGAAAAUGCCUCAUGGUUUACUUCAUCAGCAAGGUACUGAGACCAUCCAGAUCUUCACACAGCCUGAUGCAAAGUGCUCGCCCCUUAGUAGCCAAGAGAUGUUACCAUGGAAACAGGCCAUACGCCCCCAGCCCAAGAUGGGUUUACAGAGGGAGAACAGGGAGAAGAACCCCAGUAAGCAAGGUAAGCAGAGGAGAGGAGAACAUGCAAUUACCCUGCUACUUGAUUCAUUACUUGUCAUGUUCAUCAGCCACUAUGUGGGUUUACUGUGUGUCAUUCUAUCUCCCAGGAUGCUACUGUGGUGAAGUGUGUGUGCAUAGAUAUACAUAGAAAGGCUAGAUAGCUUACCUACACUGUGAGCCAAUGGGGACUGACCUCGUCACACAGCGGCCAUCUUACCUAGGGGUUGCUGGCCCACUGAUAACAUUAAUGUCUAUGGUGCAUGUACUGUUUCAAUGACAAUAUCCUGCUCAAAUUUCAACUGAUUUUCAAAUGGAUUGGUUUGUUAUAAACGCCAGAGAUGUAGUUAUGUUUCUGCAUAUUUACGGAUAAUUAUAACCAUGGACUUUCAUAUUAAAUUAAAAAAGGAGAUAGUAGAGCAAUACCUGUCAUAGCUGCACACAUACACACACAGUGAAAUUAAAUUGUCAGUGUUUUUAAUAUUAAACAUUUAAUAGUUAGAUAUUUUAUAUUUCUAUUUAAUACAUAUAUUAAAUAUAAAGGGGCAAGUUGACCCACAUGAUAUUUUAAACUUAAACUUAAACUGUAUUUACUGAUGAAAAAUAAUUUUAUAAGACAUUUCCCUUUUUCAAAUAGUCUUAAUUAUUUUCUUUGGGUUAUUAAACAAUAUAAAACCAAUUAAAGUUUGCUUUUCAGAACCUUUUAAUAUUUUUAAUUAUUAAUAUAAUAUUGAAAAUUUCUCUUGAAUUAGUGUAUUUAUCAAAAAUAAAAGAUCAUUCUGCUAAUUUGAGUGGCAAAGACCUAAUAAAAAUUAUAAAAAUUGUGAUUCAUAUCGGUUAAAUUUACCCCGAGGCAUAAUUCUGUCUUUCCCACCUGUAAAGAAUUAUGUCUAGGCUACAUUGUAGUUGUCCCAGUGGACCACUAUGUCACAUUCACAACUUCUUGUUUCUUUGCUCGCUAAUAAACACAACUACAUCCACACAAAUCAUCAUUUAGACAAAAUAUGUGAUUGUCACAAAAUUAUUAUUGGUCUCACGGAAACAUAUAUAAUAAUUGAAACUCCCAGAUUACAGCCUUGCAAAUGGCUGUGACAGACACACAGCUAUGCAACAAAAUUAAAUCGAUUUUCAAAAAGAAAAGCUGCACUUUCAAUAUGUCCACGCGGCCUGAAUCAUAGCCACGUUAAUAAGGUUUGUUAUAAACCAAAACGUUUGUAAACCCGUCAAGAUUUCAGCGAGUUAGGUGUAUUUUUGUUUGUGUUGGUCGCUCACCUUCCAUCCAAUACUGUAUUGAAUUCUAACACAAGUUCCUGUAAGGAGGAGAGUUACACAGAUGCUUUACAUUUUAGCACUUUGCUCACAACACUGGUCUUGUACAUUUUCAAGAAAUUUAUGAUGCAGGUUUAUGGAUUUCUUUUGCAGCAUAAACAGAUAAACUUUAAUGCUAAGGAAUAGAAAUUUUAGGAAUAUUAAACAUUAUAAGAUGUUCUAAUAAAUGAAAUCACCAAAAUUGUGAUGAAGAUGAAUAUCUCCCAUUUCCUCAGCUGAUGAACCUGAAAACAAAGGCCUUACAGUAAAGGUCAACUGCUCGUUCUAAAGGGACUUCAUUUAAAAACAAAACUGAACAAACAAACAAACUGUUUUUUUUUUUUUUCUUUUUUUUUUUCUUUUUUUUUAGCUUGAUUCAUUUCUGCUUUUAUAUUUAGAGCUUUUUUUCAAUUUAAAGUGAUGCAUGUAGUUUAUUAUUACAGUUAUAUCAUGAUGUUUGGACUCAAAGAAUAUGGUUAUGGUUAAGCCAUUUUCUUACAAGAGCAAAGUCAUAGUAGCGUCCUUUUUCUGUGAGAAUGGAGGGCUGUAUUACAGUCAUAAUAUUACAAAAACAAAGAUGAUAUGUUCUGAGAAUAAAGUUGUUGUAGUAGUUUUGGUUUAUGGUAAGCAGCCAGCUGUCUGUACCAAAGUGAGGAACACAAAGUGUCUGGUUAAAAUUGAACUUCAGUUGAGGUUUUACUGAUACUGAAAAAAUGAGUGUUUUGGCACCUUAGCACCACAUUGUUAUUCAAAGAAGGACCUGAAAGCUGAGACUGACUGUUUCCCUUUUCAAAACUGUACUAUGUGACUUAUUGUUGAUUAAAUUAAAGGCUUUAUUGACAUAGCAUUAUUACUUUAAUCUUGAAACAUCACAACUUUAUUCUCAUAAUCUUCACAUUUACUUUUUGGCAAGACUAUAUGAAUCAACCUCUUAUAAUGCAUCAUAAAGACAUGCAGUAUGUCAUACCUUCAAAAUGCAUCUAUAAGGCUUUAUAACAGUUCCUAUGACUGAUAACAAGUAUUUAUAACAGCUUAUAGCAAUGUUUAUGAAAUGUUAUAAGCAGUGAGCAUAACGCCUCAUAUAGGAAAAGUUUAUAAUGUUUGAUACCUAAAUAAGAAAUAAAAUAAAACAAUGGCAUUUUUUAAAUUCUGGGUUUAAAAACACAUAACUCCAACAUUGCCCGGUAAAUGUGCAUAAAGUAAAUAAAAAUCAUUUCUGUGACUGUCCAAUGGAAAAAUGGGUUAUUUUCACUCACAACAUGCCAUAGACCUUGGACAUUGAAGUAAAGUGACAGUAUGAGGUUCUAAACAGUCAUACGAAGCACAUAACACAUUUAUAAGAAAUUAUAAGCAGAAUUUCAUGGCUGCAAAUGUAAUCAAAUUCACAUCAAAAAUACAUGACAUUCAAAUUUAUAUAAUGAUGAUUUUGUCUUUUGUAUGAAGGUAAUUAUUCAUUAUAAACCACAUCUUUGUAAGGCAUCAUGCUCACUUCUUAAAACACUUGAUAAACAUUAUUAUUAAGCGGAUUUGAAUACUCAUCCCUCAUAGAGGUUAUAACAAAGCCUCAUAGCUACAUUUAUAGAGCUUUGUUAAUGUGCUUAAUCUGGGUCAUAAGAGGUGGGCUCACAGAAAGUGUCACCUAUUUUUUCUUAAGUUUAUACUCCAUUGCAGUUGGUAGCUAAGCCAGUUAGCACUUUCUGAUAAUGUAUGAACAGAAAACUUCGGGUACAGUUUCAUUCAUUUCUCCUCAGAGUUGCAUGCAGUGAACAGUGUCCCCAUAGUGCCGAGCAGCAACCAGGCGUGUCUACCCAGUGUCUACAAACAGAGGCUUAGUCACAUCCCAUCAGGCAGACAUGGUACCACAACAGCUUCACUUUAUGCUUUGUCAUACAUUGUUGAUGUGACAUGUGCUCAAAGAUGAGUCAUAAAAUGCUAGUUUACAGUCAUUCAAAUAAUUCUCAUUGACUUGUGAUCAUGGGAUCGUUUUGUGUUUUCGCUCAGGUGGACAUCCAAAGUGCAGUAAAGCUGCUUGCUGUCCCCGCCUGCUGCAUUACUCUGCAUCAUUACACUUCUUUGACAUGCUGCCUCCUCCUCCACCGCUCCCUGUGGAGGAUCUCACAGACACACACAGCCUCACCUCAGACGAGGGGUAAGAGGCUCGCUGGAGUCAGACUGGCUAGUAAAACACACAAAAUAAGCUUUCUAACAAACAAAGCACUAACUUUGUUUAUGAAAACAAAUCCUAUCAUAACAACCUGCCAACAAUUUGAAAAGAAUCAGAGCAGAAGAAGUCUCAAAUGUCUUUCCUCCUUCAUUUCUCUCAGUUCGAGCCGUUCCACAAAGUUAACAGUUGACAUGGGCUCUCUGCAGUCAGUAUGUGCUGCAUCAGGUCAAUGUGGGCAACUGGGAUACACCAAUAACAAUACCAACAACAACAGCCAUCCCUCCUACAGCCACCUGUCCACUACUUCAUACUCAAGGUCACUGGAUGAUGAACAGGGAGGCACACUGACAGUAGAGGAGGCCACUGAGUACCUGGAGCUCAGCCCCAAACCUGAGAGAUGCAGGUAAGACAAACAUUAGGAGCUCUUCUGCCUGUUUUGUUUGUUUUAACCAGAUAGUCUAACAUCACUCUCUGUCGGCAGUGUCCUGCCUGAGCAGCGUCCUUCCCUGCCCCAGCCUUUCUCCUCCACCCUGGACUACUUCUGUGGUCCGGCCGGCUCUCCUCCGCUGGACGAUGACACCACAAACACUGGGGCUGAGGUCCUAUCUGUGGGUCUGAGGUCCGCUCGUCUCCAGAGCUCGCCCUCCUCCUGCUACAGUGAGUGGGACAGUUCUCUGUGGAACACCUGGAGCUCAGUCAUGGAUGGAAACUUGGCGAGCGCUCGCACCAGCCUCAUCAGCUCUGUGGACAGCUGCUAUACCAACGACAGCGCCAGCUUUGCUCACCUGUUGGCUGUGGCAGCAGAGACCAUGAGCGGAGCCUCUUUGUCAGGUGAGCAGACAAUGAUCCUUGCUGUGUCAUUAUUUAUUUUUAUUUGAACUGUCUGAACAUAUGGUUGUGGUGCUCCUUCAGUUUAUUCCUAAAUUUGAUAACAUGAUAUUGGUGGCCCAAAAUAUCACGAUUCACGAUAUUAUCACGAUAUUAGCGCAUUGCUUUUAACGUUAUUAAAAAUGGCAAAAAACUGCAAAAUCACUUCUCUGUGCACAGCAUGACACGCACAAACAAUAUGAGCAAGAGGCAGCUAACGCGACGUUGGGAGCAUUAGCUUUUUGGAGCUAAAGUUAGCAGAAACGUCACUAACAUUGUCAAUAAUAAGCAGUAGAGUAGACCAAACUUGUUGCGGUCAUGUUUUUUUUACCUUGAUUUGGGCGAACGAUGCUGGAUGGUGUUCACGGAGGUGGGCACGUAGGUUUGAAGUGUUAGACAAUGGCGCUGCAACUACCUUACGGCAUAACCUGCAGAUUGGUGUCAGGUUUACCUGCUCCGUCUGUUUUGUGAAGCCGUAAAACCUCCAUACUGCCGACGAAACCUUUUUGAUAGGAGGAUACACCCGAGGUGUUUCCUCAUUCUCAGUUUCCGACUGUUCUUGGUCCGAUGUUAUGCUGUUGAAUGCACCCCUGACGGGAGCACGGUUGAAAGUACAUAACAAGGCGAAGUAAUCCAAGUUUUCCUUACCAUUGGGUGGAUUCUACAGCAUGUGCCUUUAAUGAUUUCAUUCGGACUAUUCAGAUAAGCCGAACACAAUAGCCCUCUAAUUCUGAAUAUUUGCUGUCCCAAAUAUAUAAUGCUCUCUACCUUGACAGCUUACUGUACAGUUUAUGUACCCAAUUACAUCUCUAUAUGUGCAUUUUUGGGACACAUACAAACAGAACGAAAGUUUGCUGCUCCAUUUUACAUGUUGUCAUGAUCCAAUACUCGUGUUUUUUAAAAUAUCAGAUCAUAUCUCCUCCACUUUAAGAAGCUGAUGAGCGGAUGGGAUGCAUUGUGGACACGCUCCAACAGUGCUUUGAGUGGCCGCAAUGCAUUGUGGGUGGCCACGUAUUUUGUUUUAAAAUUUCUUCAUUUUCUCUUUUAAUGUUCCCGUUUUUGUUAGGCUGGCAUUAAUGUACUUGAGUCAGUUUUUUUGGAUUUGGGAUUACUUUUGUGGUGGUUUGUUUCUACAUUUUGCUACUGAGGCUUUGACACCGUGGGUAAGACUACAAGCAGGUUAGGUUGGUAAGUACUCGGCUUCGCUCACCUCUACCCAGUAACGCUGCCACUCGUCUUUAAAUUAUAAUUGCGGAAUGAUUUUUACAGUAGCUUACGAUCUCAUAAUCGCGGCCGUUUAAUAUCGCAUAUCGCGAUUAAAUUACAUAUCGGCACAUCCCCAGUCCCAAACUGGAUCCUCAGUCCUUUGGACCACUCUUUGACAUGAAAAAACGAUGGACAGACAAAGCAAAUGUACAAGUGCAGAGGUUAAUAUUGCCACUAAUUAAUAAAAUAAAGAAAUAAUGAAUUUGCCUUCGGGGAUCAGUAAAGGUCUUCUUUUCACACAGAAUAAAUCCAUUUUUGAUUUAGAGUGCUGCUUUUACAUACAAAUUCAAGAGGAGGCGUAAAAAACACAUGAACCUGGGAAGGAUUCACUGGAUUUUGUCAUGUUUUGUUUAUCACAGUUAUCCACUAGAUGGAGCUCUUUGUCUAUUUUAGAGCUACACUGGUUUCAUACAGCUGGACACAUUCAGGAUAAGUAUCACACAGAACAUUUAGAGUCAUAAAAACAAGUUGUCUAUUUUUAUUCUCUUAGAUGUCCAAUAUUCUAACAAUAUAUACACACACACAAACCUAUAUAUAAAUAUGUUUAAGUAAGGAAACCUUUUUGGAGUUGUGCUGACACCUGCAAGUCCAAGUGGAUUUCUUUGUUUGUAACAGACUGAGACCUUAAGUCUAAUAUCUUGGGUGGCUUCAGGCAAUUACUUAAGACCUUUCAGCAGAUUGAAGGUCCAGAUGAGUCAUCCUCUCCUCCUGGGUCACCUCAUCAGUCACUCCACUUUCCCUCUGCAGGCCACAGUCAGCUUUAUUCCAGCUCACUGUUUUCUGCCCUAGCUGUACUCCACACACACACACACAACACACACACCGGAGCACAAGUUUUCUUUAAGGUUUAUGAAGCAACUUGGUAAUAACUGCUUUGCAAAUUAAACAAUACAAGUCCACACACACACACACACACACACACACACACACACACACACACACACACACACACACACACACACUGACAACCUGAAUAACCCAGUGAUGUGAUUGUUCUUGGUCUUUUUCAAACCUCAGUCCAGUUUUGACUUAGUUUUGGAUCUGAUAUAUUGAUGGGUGGUAUCGGCUACUGGGCUGCUUCAUGUGAAGGGUAAUACAUGGAUAUAAGAUUCUCUGGUAUGAAAAUCAAAUAUGUGCUUGUUGUUGGCAUGAGGAAAAUAACCUGUUGAUGCAGCAACCAAACGACAACUCCUAAAUUUUGCAGGGAAAAAUAAAUACUUUUUCAACCCCAAUGUUGGCCCUGAUGAGAUUCGAAGAGGUAACUGCUGUUUCUGACUAUAAGCUCCCAUCCAAUUCGCUUUUUUCAAGCACAUUUGUUAAGAAAAGAGUCAUUUAUCAAAAUACCAUGAAGUGCCUCAAAAUAGCAGAGAUAACAACAAAGUACAUCAAAAAUACAGCUGAUAGGAAAGUUAAAGACACAUUCAUAAUGAGGAAAUAAAAGACAGAGACCACACAGCCAUCUAAAACUUCAACAUGCCAUAUUUUUUAUUUUAUUUAACCUUUAUUUAACCAGGUGAGGCUUAUUGAGAUAUAAAAUCUCUUUGACAAAAGCGACCUGGCCAAGAGGCAGCAAAGUUACAGAGUUACAGUAAAAUCAUUUAAAAUAAAUUACAAUAACUCAGUAAGAAAUACAAUAGAAUGAAAUAAAUAAAAGUGUCAGUGAUAGAAUAGAAGCAGUGUAACAUCUUGUUAAAAACAGUCACAAAGGCCAAUGCUUUCCAGUUCCCUCAUUUUAAGAAUUUUCACAGUCCUCAAGUCCUCAAAGGGGAUCAGAUCUGAUCAUUUUAGUUCCUUCUGUAGCAAAUUCCAUGCAGUAGGAGCAGCAAAGCAGAAGGCCCUUUUUCCUAACUCAGAGAGGACACGAGGAGUAUUUAACAUUAACAAGCCAGUGGAUCAUAGCCUAUAAUGUCCAUUAUUUCUCACAAGGUAAGAUCCAAGAUAGAAUGGCACCAUCCCAAAUAAAGCUUUUAUAAAUAAAAGUCAACCAGUGAGUGAAUCUUCUGACAGACAGGGAGGGCCAUUCCACUUUUUUGUACAGAGUGCAAUAAUGCGUCAGAUUUUUGCAUCCAGUGACAAACCUUAAAGCACAGUGAUAGACAGUAUCCAAGGAACGUAGACAUGUGACUGGUGCAUGCAUAUACAUCACCAUAAUCAAGCAAUGGAAGAAAGGUUGCUGAAACAAGUCGUUUCCUGGCUCCAAGAGAAAAGCAAAAUCUGUUCCUAAAAUAAAAGCCCAAUUUUACCUUAAGUUUAGAAAUUAGGUUUGAGAUAUGAUAUAUGAAAUUUAGACAAUAAUCCAGAUGGAAACCCAGGUACUUAUAGGACGAUACUAGCUUAACACGAAGGGAUUUGUUGACAGCAUAGUAGCCCUGGAAAAUAGCCUAACCUUUGUCUUAUCAAUGUUCAAGACCAGUUUCAGCCUUUGCAGGCGGGCCUGAACAACGGGCCUGAAUAUCUUCAUGAUUGGAAUGAAUAGAUUGAUCUUCCUGCCCCAGAAACACGCGAUUCUGCUCACUUUUUCACCAUCCCCAACCAAACAACACCACAGUUCAUGGCAGACCAGUGUAAUGUAAGGAGCAUUUUCCUACCAGUGUGUAUACAUGACCCAGUGUUCUGGUCAAUACAGGCAUAUGACCGGUGUCUUUUUUCUUUUUUUCACUUAAUCAUAGAGGAUUAGAUGUUUACCCUGCUCAUACCCCAAUGAAGACCUGAGCAGGCCUCAACUGAUGACUAUCUGAAGAUAUUUGCCGUGUCAAAUAAUUUUUUUUUUAGGUAUUUCCAACAGGAAGCAGUAUGUGUAAUCAUGCUCAAGGAUAGGAUAAAUACAACGAUCUAAACUUGAAGAAGGGAAGUCCUUUUCCAGAUGAAUAUAGCUAAGACAUCUGCUCAUCUGUCUGUUUGCAUGUACCAUUGAAAAAGAAAAAGCAUCAUAACAUAGGUAUGUGUCGUUUCUUCAGACAUCAUGUUGUGAGUAUCACACUGUAGCUGUGGCAGAGGGCCUUUGGUACCAUGUUCUGAGACCCUUCCUCUCUCCUCUACCUCUGUCAGAAAGAACCUUCAUGCUGUGAGGGACAUGUGUGAAAAAUCAAGUUUGGAAAAACUGGUGCAGAGCUCCUGAAGAACUCUUGAAGUUUGAGUAUCUGCAUACAUCAAAAGGCUUUAUUUUAACAGGCUGAUUUAAUUAUGUGACUGUUGAGUGCCAUGCAGAGGUCACAGUGAGUGUGCUUCUGUCGAGGAUGAAAACAGUGAGUCUGAUGACUGGAAACACUACAGCAGAGGAAACAGACUGGUUUCAGAUGAGAGCACUGUGUAAUAUGCACUGUCACACUCCCACGUUCGUUUUCAGAGCUCCUAUAGCACCAAGCCCUACAGCUGAGAAAAGCUUUUAUUACUCCAGGACAGCUCCUCUUCACAGGUCUUUGAAAUGUAGCAGCUCCUUCAGAGUCCACAGUGUGUCUGAUGUGAAUUGGCAGUGUUUGUUUCUGUGCCUCAAACAUGUGAAAAUAGGAACAUAUUAGUUUUAUUUUCAGUGACAGACAGUUGCUUCAAAGCAGAGUCUAAAUUUGCUUUUCCCAGGAGAGCCAGCAUGAAAGAUUUCUUCUCAGAGGUUUAGAAAUGUUGACUUAUUCUUCUCCAAAGGCUCAAAAAACUCGCUGUUUUAAAUGAAUCCCUCCACUGCAAGUGAAAUACAUGUCAGUAAUUUGUACUCUCCUGUGUACAGACUUCUCUCCCCCAGCCUCCCCUCUCAGUGCCUUGUAUCCGUCAUUUCGAGGAGAAGGAGACUCGUUUGGGGAGCUGGAGCCGGUUCCUGCGUGGGACUGGAGUAUGGCCUGGAUGGAGGAGAUGGAGGCUCAGUACAGAGCACACUGCCCUGGAAGAAGUAGUAGACCCUUUGAUGCAUGAGGACUCUGCUAGAAAAGGAGAAAGAACAAAAUAACUGAGUUAUUAGAUAUUCAGAAACAGCUCACAGUCCUGCGGGAGGAGAGAAGAAGGAGGAGAAACUGCGACUGACAGUGUGAGAAAGAUGGGAAGAGUUUUGGUGCCUGAAUAAUGAAGAGUUUGAUGUGUACAAAUACUGAAAGAUCAUGUUUUUAUCUUUCAUUGAAGCCAACUUUUGAAGUUUGCUUUACCUCAGCAUUUCAUUAUCUACCUAUUAAAGUAUCAAGUCCAGCGACUAUUGAACCAAUGAACAAUCACUGAAAGGCUUUCUCCCUCUCUCUUUCUAUCUCUGUCUGUGCCCUUCCCUCCCAUUAAAGCAACAAGGUAAUGAGAUAUUUCCCGUUGAACCUUCUCACCCUGUAUGUUUUUUGAAAAGGCCAGAAAGACAAAGACAGGAUGUGAGGUGGUGAGAGAACAUCAUUAGGCAGAAGAAAAACGCUGCUGUAGAUUUCCUCUGGGCUACUCAAGUUUGUUUCUCAUUAUCCUACGUCUUUUUGGGGGCUUUAUUGGGCCUCAACUUCUCCUAACAGAGAACAGCACAGGGACUUCAGUUUUCACAAAGAAAGAGUACAGGGACUUCAGUUUUCACAAAGAAAGAGUAUUUAUGCAGCAGCAGAUGAAUCAAAUGUUAUUUAAAAAAUUUCAAACACAUUCAAAAAAAUGUUUUCUGUCUUGAUUUAGAAGAUUUGUAUUUUUAAUUUUCAAAUAGUUCUUGUGUUUUUUUUUUUUUUUUUCAUCUUUUUUUAUUAGACCCAACAUAGUGUAGUUCAGACUAGGGAAGUAGAAAAAUAUGUUUUUUAUUGAAUUAAAGUCAUUUUGUUCAAAUUAAAGUAAAGGGAAUAACUUAAAUUUUACAAAGUAUUAAUAACAGCUGUAUGCAUAAAGUAGUUUUAGCAUGCCUGAGUAUUUUAAAAAUGGUUGGUUGGUCACAGUUUGACCAGUAUUUAGUGGCAUUUAACAGAACAGACUUGGUGGAAGUUGAGACGAUUUGUAUUGUUGACAUAGAAUGAGUCUCUUCUAUCUAAAUGAAGCAGGUCCCCAUGUUUGUAUGGUAGCACAGAAUGGACAAACUAUGGUUAUACACUUGUUGGGUUGAGUGAGGGAGCAGAGAAAAUACGGAAGAAUUUGAUCAUGUUGUGAAUGUUUUUGAUUGGAGAAAUAUAAACUUUUCAUACCUUUCAUGCUUCACAGGCACUUCUUGUCCUCAAAGGCUACCGUUACUUGGAAGGGAUAAGCAGGGGAGCCUCUAAUCUGACUUAAUGUUCCCACUUCUACACACUGUACCUUUAAGAAUGUGCCUGUUUUACUCAUUUUAAAGUACAAAUGUGUAAAAAGUCUUUGAAUAAAAUCUUAUGCACCAGUGAGGA